AUGCUCGGCACAGACGCGGAAGGCUACGGAUACGGAGUCGAUCCAUUGGGUAGGCAAAACAGCUUAUUUAGAGUAUAAAGCCUGUUUGCACUAGCACGCUGUGCCCAGAGACCCAAAGGGCAUUAGUGUUAAACGACCUUUGAGAUUGAAAAUGCUACUCACAUAGUGGUAAUGCCAACUUCCCUAGCAAACUGUGAGGACUCCAGUUGUAAGGAAUCUCUUUCAACGUGUCGUUCCUAUGGGUAGAAUGGUAUUACCGACAAAGACAAAGGAGACCGGUGAGCGUCCCCCUCUACCAUUGUAUAUUCCCGACCGCAACCGACAAGACAACGAGCCAGUGGCUCAGGGGUUAGAGGCAUUGGACUUCUAACUGACAGGUCGCGGGAUCGAGCCCCAUGUGUUCCACACUCCGGGGUUUGGGCAGGACUGGCUGACCAGUCUCCCUUGUCUUUGUCGGUAAUGCAAUUCUGCCUUUACCAUGCGCCGCUGUGCGUCUGCUGGUUGGGCUCGAGAGAGAGCCCGUAAGGCACAACACACAUGUUCACUGCUCAUGUAAAGUCAAGUGUUUUUCUGAAGCAAUUAUUACGUCGUUCCCUUAUUAUCCCCUCUUUCGCAUUUUCAGUCAUAUUAAAGCAUAUAAUUUAUCUUAUAUUUGAACAAAUACGUAAGACCGGGACUUUUGCGGUUUUUGUUUGAAUGUACACAUAAACUAUUAUCCACAGGUUUCUUCAGCUGGCCUGCGAAACAAAUCACCUGUUAUAGAUCAGUCAGAGUAUUCUUUGUAUGUUACUAUGGGCCUUUACAGAAAUGUUAGAGAAGUAGCUGAGUAGCCUUGAAAUUUGAGUACGCGAAAGGGGGAUCGCAUAACAGAGGAAGUAUGCUUUAUCUGAUUUAUUCAGCGCAAAGGAAAUACCAAAGAAAACAAGGGAGACUAAGGCAACAACUUGUGUCUCAUUGUUUCAGUUUUUUUAAUUAAUGCGCGGAUAUGGAGUAACUUAUGCGGAGCAAGCAUUCUCAGGUAAUGCCCGAAAUUUUUACAUAAGCAAUAUGAGCUGACAUCCUUUAGCAUCAUCAGCAUAACCGCAUAAUAUUUGUAAGCUGCCCACAGACGGCCAGUAGUAUACAAGUACUGACUGCUUUAGCACAAUUACCGCAGGGGAAGUAGUUGAAAACCCAGAAAAGUGUUUCGUUGAUUUUGUACUGCUGCAUGGUGCAGCCUAAUGGGGUUCUUCUCAGCGCACCCCUUGUGUCUCCUAGUGCAUACAGCGCUUUUUGAUGUUAAACUACUUACCUUCCCCAGCGAUUAAUGUGCCAGUUUGAAGCAACUUCAUGUGAACAGGCCUUCUCAAGUUUUGGUUUUCUCGCCAGCAUCUCUCUGCCAUUCUCAUAGUUUGACUGGCAGAGCUUUUGACUUAGUGAUUAUCAGUGACCAACUGACCGGGGUCCGAAUCCCAAGCGCCUGGCUUGGAGUUGAAAUACGACUGGCUGGUGAUGGAGAGUAAAUAAAACUGCAGCCUUGUCCUGUCUUUCCUUCCUUUGUCUGCAUUCGUUUUGCACUACUGGUUGUUAGUGUGUAGGCGGCCGCCUGUGCGGACUCUUUAGUUUUGUUUUCCAGUGCACAGUGAAGCGUGCAUAUUCCGCUCUGCGACCAGGUCGAUAAAACCCUGCGCCCGUCUGUACUGAGCUUUCUAAAGCUGCAAUACCAGUGCUUUCCAAUCUAAAGCCCCGAGGGAGUCGAUUUUCCUACCCGGUGGCAGUCCGACGGUCGAUUUCGACGAUGUUCACCGUGAGGUUCACAGCAGGGUGAGAGCAGAUAUGGUGACUUCCGUGUGAGUUAGUGCAAACUGAUAGUGGGCUUUUGCGGACCAUCUACCGGGCUCUCUCCUCCUCACCUGGAUACGGCGUCAAUAAAAAGUCAAGGAGGCGGGAGAUAACGCAGGUGGCUGGCACGGCGCAAACCUGCACCUAGGCGUACGACCACAUCCCCCGGUCCACAGCAUACACUGACCAGGAUUUUAUACCAUAGGACAAAUAGGGGGCGGCACGGAUUCCGGUUGGCGCGGAAUAAACUGGACAUGCCACCACACCCCAAUGUUGGCAUUUAUUAUGGAUGCGCAUUCCUGAUAACACCGGCGGAAAUCGGUCUGGCCUCCGUGUUGGUCCAGCGAAUCUUUCGCAUGGUCCGUUUCAGGGGCAUAUUUUUUUAACUAACCACAUUUUGCCUAAUUUUCCCAAAGACAAAUAUGAUGCCUAAUAAGCACGGAGAAUCAAAGAACAAAUUCACGAACUAUUUAAGUAGCAACUCGUCUGAAUGGUAUGGAUAGUAGCGGUUAUUAGGGUUUCUAGUGAAGGACCUGUAUGCAACGUGAAAUGAGUUGGCUUACGACAUUGCUUAAGGUCUUUAAAUAAUAAGACUUCAUUUAAAUAAUAUUUUCUAUUUAAAACAUUGUUCGACGACCCCGUACAAUUUUCCAAGGGUUUCAGCACAUUUCGUAUAUGUAGGAAUGCUUAAGCUGACUGCAGUUGGCAGAUCCUGCUACGCAGUUCCAUUCCAGUUUUUUUCCCAGCCGGUGGUCGGAAACAACGAACAUUAUCCAACAGUGUAUUGUACGCUUAAAGUUCGAAAGCUGUGUUACUAGGAAAGCUUAGUAGGAACUAUUCGUCUCGGCUGGAAAUCUCGCGUCCUCCUGAGGUUGUGAUGAAGACGUGCUACUGAAAAAAGCAAGCUGAAGCUCGAAUAUCGCCGGAUCAGGGAGAGAGCAAGAGAAAUACGCUUUAUUUUGCAUGAAUCUCUCCGAAAUUUUCAGAAAAAAACGUCCACUGAUCACUGUGGAUAAGAAAUAAAUAUGCGAAAAACAUUAAUGCGACAUAUUGGCCGCAAACUUCAGUUGUCGCCAUCAUGGCAAAUACGGGGGAAAAUUUGCGCGCGAUUUUAGUUCCUUCAAUAUGGUACUGGCGCAACGCACAGGGACUUCAUAAUCUCAGUCCAAACAAAAGAGGAGAGAAAUCAGUAUAUAAACGGGUAGAAGGGGUCAACCGAAUUACAAUUGGGGAAAUUCUCGCGUGAAUAGACAGCAGGAAAGUGGCGGUUCAGUUUCAAGAGCCUACCCUAAUUCUGGGUUCAAAAAACCUGGUUCUGCUUCUCAAUAGGCUGGUCUUACCACAAUACUCCCCCUUAUCUGUUCAGAAUUACCGCACCUCUAUGAGUCAGCACAAAACCUUCUUCAUGAUUGCUUUGUGAUAAAGAUUAGGUGCGACUAUAAACUCACAGGUUAACGCCAGGACAAAUCAACACCAGACAUUUUAGGGCGUGUCCGGAAUUAUGUUACCUUCUUGUUUUUGUUCCAAUCUGGAGGACAUGACCUUUUGCUGUAUUCAGACGUGAUUAACACGGAAGUAACUUCUACUGUCCUUAGGUACAUAUGAAAUCAGAGGCAAGCGCUCGAAGUCUAUACCAUUAUAGAAUAAUUUGAAGCUAAAAGCUUGUAGAUGCCACUAGAAGAUCCACUAAACGCGCAAGAGUUAACUGUUUUACCCAUGUUUCCGCCUUUUAUGCCCUUUGAAGGAAGUACAUCCGGCCUACGCUUUUUCUGUUCUAUUUUAGGCCAGGGAUCUCCAAAAAGUCACUCCAAUUAUGGUCGUUUCGUGCAUGCAGGCGAAUCUCACGCAAUGGGCAUGCCGGCGGUUGUGAACGACGUGAUCGGUUGCUUUUUAGAGAUUCGAAAACAGCCCUAUGGAUCGGACCUCGAGGGCAACGUGUUUUGGGCUCACAAUGGCCAGAUCGUCAUCUCGCCCAGCAUACAGGAGAUAAGAAUACCAUCAGAGCUGGCAACUGAGAGUGCCUUCUUCCCAAGUUCGUCGAGACAUCAUCUACGGAUAAUAUUUAAUUUUCUUCUUCCUAUACAUUAAACUCGCCUAGCUUAUUCUCGCUGUUUCACUGAAAGAGUCCAACAAUUGUUAAGCUGUGGCGUCACAGCUUACAUAUUUUAAAACGGUGAAUGCAGGACGUCGGGCUACACCAGCAAAGUAAUGGACUCGAGUCUGUAUGAAUCGGCUGUUGCCGAAGUAACAUCUGGCGAAUAGUUUAAAAACAAGUACAGAGGAGACUGAAUCUGCUUUUUCGAACACCUUUGGUGUAGUACGGCGGUCACACUCUAGGCAAAAGGGGAAGGACCGGGGCUUUGAAACGAAUUGAACUACUUUAAAGUCCACCGCUCAAGCAUUAAGCCAGUGCCCUAAUGUAUUCUGUAAUUUUAGGGUCACAUAACUGACCGUAUGAUGGUUCCGUUUCCGUCAAGCUCGAGCAAAAUGUUUGAUCGCAUUUAACUUUCGAAAAGAUUUUCUCUUUACAGAAUAAUCAUAUAACGAAAUCGGCAAAGGACUUAGUCGAGAAUUUACGCUAAAACUGUCCCUUUUAGUGCCUUUAAGUUGAAAAUAAGUCUUCGCCUUUUUUAAUAAAAGUUAAGCUUGCCCUUUCCAUUUUUAUGGCUUAAAACAUCUUACUAUCUUUAAGCUAAUAAUCCACCCAGUUUUAGUUAGUUCCAGACACACAAUAAGUCCUAUAGCAAGCCGCAGGAUCACAAACGCAAGGUCACUCAUAUCGUAAUGUUUGUCAGCUGAUCCGCAAAUGAAUGGCUGGUACUGUAAAUAAAAUAUUUCGUUUCGUACUUAUAGUUUAUGGACUUACAGUGUUAAAACCCAGUAAAAAUUGAGCGGCAAAAUGCGUGUGCCACUACUCGAGAAAAGUACGUACUCCUACUUUUCCAGAAGCCAGUAUGAUUAGGAGCCCGUGGCAGUAAGACGAAGACGGGAAAAGUAAAUACCGACGUGUACUGUUGUUUAUUUGCGAAAUAAGCCUUUCUUAGACUAAAGUAAGUAACUGCUGUAAUGCCUUCGUCCCGUUUCAAAUCCCGCCCACCCACCCAUGCCUAUUCUUGCCCCUCCACACCUAGGUGCCUCACUCAAGGACGCUCGCGUGGCCUUCAACUUUGGCGAGGUUCCCUUCACUUACGCGCCUGAGGAGCUUACCGGCGGCCGCACUGAUUGGCUCCCUCCCGUCAUGGUACCCCUGCAGCAAGUGGUCCACAACGUGAAUGCUGGCUGGCGUAUUAACCAGUUUGAUGUAACCUCCCCGGCCGACCUGCAGGUGUCCGAGGACGGCCGAAUGAUCCAGACCAGGUCCGCUAAUGGCUGGCAUGGCUUCCGCGCCAACAAGGUUCGUGUUCGCGGUAGCGGAACACUGGGGAGAGGGGGGGGCAAUAACUGCUUUAUGCAAAUCACUUCUUAGGCGACCGAUGUCUGCGCAGUGUUCACGCGCCAACUUGACAGGGCCGCAAAAUAAAUCAGCAAAAGUGUGCGCGUUAUGUCAUUGUGUCGUCAGGAAUCACAAUCCAGACGAGACUUUAUAAGGCAGUAAAUCGUUUGGCGGGUGUUGACCGUAUUUUUAGUAUUUUUUGAGACAAAAUUGAUCUAUGCAUCACUUUGGAUGUCAACCCGAUAUCUUCAGCAUAUAGUAAAGAAGAUUAGCUGUUUAGCUAAUUAUGUUGACCUUUCGUGCGCCAUGAAGGUGGGAUCUUUAGAAUACCACGUACAACAGGUGGGCUAACUCAUGAAAUGUCGAAAGGAAUACGGAAAUGCGUUUUCGUUUCUAAAAGAUUACUUAAGUAAAAUUGUAAAACUAAUCAUCAUGCAGCAUAGUUCUAUGACGAUUCAGUUACCUCAGGAUGCCAGCUUUUAAACGAAUUUCUUUUCGGCUGUAUGCCAAACCUAUUUUGCAAAAAACGACCACUUAAGUAGCAUGCCUUUUUCUCAUUGAUUUUCGAUGCCCUUGAAAAUUAAAUUAUGUUUCAUAGGAAACAUGCAUAAAAAUAUUCAUUCUUUUGCUCGUUCGGUAGCAAAUUACGUCUUCUUGAAAUUUUAUACUUGAAAGAAGGGUAUUGUUCGGUUUUCAACAACUUUUCUAAUUCUCGAAUAAUUUUGAACUCCCACCUGCCGUUACACUUGCACCAAGGGUUAACAAACUACAAACCGUAUAUUUUCCGCGUACGGAAAACGGUACAUUUCUCCAAGGUAUUAAGAGGAGACCGUAUGGCGUUCAUAAAAUUUAACAGUGCAUUUGAGCUAUAUUGUUAACUUUACAAGCCGCAUUGGUAAAUACAGAGACAUGACGUUUUAUGAACGGUUAUUUCACGGUAUUAAAAAAGCUCACAAUUAGAAACUUUUUUAAAACCAAAUUAUACCCUUCCUUCGAGUGUAGAAUUGGAAGAAGAGAUGCUUGUCCACCGAAAGAGCAUAAGAAUGGAUCUUUUUAUGCAUGUUUCCCACGAAAUAUAAUUGAACGUUUAAUGGCACCGAAACUCAUUGCGAAAAAUGCCUGCUACUUAGAAAGCCAUUUUUUACAGAGUAUAGUAUAACAUAGUGCAUAGUUUAGUGCGUUCGAAAGCUGACAUCCUGAGGUAACUAAAUUAUUAUAGAAUUAUGCUGUGCGAUGAGUAGUUUUACAAUCCUACUUAGUUAACCUUUUCGAAACGAAAACGCAUUUCGGAAUUUCGGUUGACAUUUCACGAAUUAGCCCACUACUGUACUUCCUGCCAGAAGCAGCUCAUAAAGGCAGUGUCCUAAUCAAAACGGUCUCGAGUAAAUUGAGAAAUACUUUAUGACUAACUUGACUGUCGGAAGAAGGUAGUUACUGCUAACAUAAUUCAAUCGCCACUUAAAGUUAAUUACUAGCACGACGACCACAAACUGAGGGCACUACGUCUUACUCCACUAGUGCAUAAAAUAAUUCAUGCUUAACAAUUUAAUUCUGGAUAUUCUUUUUUUUGCUCUCACGACUUGUUGGGCAAUGAAAUGUGGGAAAGCAGAGGACGAACUACAUCUGGCAAAGGGGUAUGCACAACUUAAAGUAGGCGAGACGCAUUCAAACAGGGAGCAGGUUUUUGGACGGUUGCGCCGAACUGUGAAAACCCUCACUAACCAGCGAGGGGUAUAGAUUCGCAAGUUGAUCAUUGACAAACCGUUAUAAGGCUAGCUCAGGAGUUAUCCGUAGUAUCCUAGACAAUAAGUUCGAAUACUGUAUAAGCUGGUUACACAAAACAGGUUGCUGAAUGUAGGGAAUAUGGCCUAAGUGAUUUUGUUAGUUAGGUAGAGCGUCAAUUUUUAGUUACUGUACGAACCCUACCAUAUCGAUGUUCGACUGACAAUCGUCGCACCCGCUGCACCUAUCUCACUUGCAAAAAACCUGUCAGCUAAGUUGUAUAUCUUUUAUCGAUUUCCGACCCCUGCUAAAAAAGUAAACCAUUUUCUACAAAAGGGCUGACGAAAAGUUUACUCCUUAGAGUACUGUUUUACGGACUGCUUUUGUUAAAGUUGGCUAUAAAAUGUGUAGGAUGUUUUGGUAUUAAUAACGCUCAACAGAUCGUACUUUUAAAAAUGAUUAACCAUUUCAUAUGAUCUUCAGUGUUCGGGAUUGCUUCAUGUGCACUUUCUCAGAAAUCUUAUAGUUCUAUCCAUAUUGCCAGGGAGUGAAACGCUAAUGUUAAAAAUAUUUAAAAAAAUAUUUCAAUAAUUUAUGGACUUCAUAAGCCUCCUCAAUUAUUUUUUAAAGUAUACACAUAUAUCCAAGAGGAUGUCUCUGGGACUGUCAAACAUGACGGCCCCAAAGGAUCAUCCCAGUCUCCCUUGUCUUUCUCAGCACCACCUUAGUAACCUUUUCAACCCUAAGUCACUAUUUACGGAAGCAUAAUAUUCAUCAAAAUGACUGCAGUAAACGGUUUCUAGGACAAAAAACUGUAACUGAUAUCGAAAUCCAUGCCAAAUCUGUACAUUGCGAAACACUUAUUUUUUGCGAAUGAGAACGAUAAGGGGGUAGGCAGGCCCCUAAUCAGAGAGCAAGCAUGGCGUGGGGGUAAGGACGAAUUCAUGAUUAUGGCCUAUGACCAUCAGUUUUUCGACUCCACCCGAACAAUCUUUUACAUGUGGGGGUAAAUUUACGGAUUUGGGCCAAUUUUCACGAGUUCUAGAGACUAAACUGCGGUCGAAACAACUGUUGACCUCUGCGAGUUCCCAUUCGUUCAAAUCAAAAAGAGAUUUUAUGAACUAGCAAAAAGGAAGACAGGCGAGUUUCUCAUUAAUAUUCCUCAUUCGAGAUUAAAUGAAGGCGCAGGACAGUAAGCGUUUUAGCGUUAUCUUACACUGACCUAGUACCUGUUCCUUUUGCAACUAAAAGGUUUUGUUGUGCAAAUUUUAUAAAGCCAUCACAUAUAUAUUGUUUGUAAAUUCGUACUGUUUGUGGAGUGUCUAUUGCAAGCAUAGUAGACCUGAGUGACUAAACGAUAUGCACGUUGGAUGUCACAAACAGGCCCGACUCCUGUUUUUCUUUAAAUUCACAUGUUCCUUUCUAUCUCGUACCAAAUUCCCGGAAGACAAAUUUAUUAAAAGAACUAAAGUAUAUAAACGCUUAUAUCUUUUUUGGGAUAAAAGUUGCCCUUAUCGGACGUCGAUAAUGGAUAUUGCAUGCGUAACGCUAUCAUAUAGAGGUUUUGCCUUUGAUAUUGCGGUGUUUGCGCAGCUAUACACUGACAGGAAAGAAUAAGCAUCCUUUUUCUGCUGUUUAAUUUCCGACGAUGAAUAAAUUGCACGAGUUGAAUCGAUUACAACCCAUUUAACCGGUUAUCCGGCACCUACAUGUGUCUUUUUAUCUGGUCAGCUUCAAUGGACGCUUAUUCCAGUUUUUUCUCCACAGGGAGUCUUCGGAUCUGGAAAGUACUACUAUGAAAUAGAACAGGUAGAGAACUCCGGCAUGGCUCGAUUUGGCUGGGCUCUCCAGGAUGGCAGUCUUCUCCUAGGAACAGACAAUAUGGGCUACGCAUUUGGAGUCGGACCCGAUGGCAGUCAGGCUCGCAAAGUCUUCAACGGUCUUUCAGAACCCUAUGGAACGGUAGGUUAUAUUCAGACUAUGUGGCUAUUUCGUUAGUCAAUUCGUACGGCCCAUUACUUACUCUGACACCCACUGCUCUGUUUUUGAAAAAACUCAUUGCUUUUUCCCAUUAUGUCAACACCUCGUUGUUAUACUAAAUUCGGUUCUGCUCACAUAUCGUUGGCUGGAAAGAAAGCUUACUUGCGUUGGCUGGUCGGGAAAAUAUGUACACGUUUUCCUUGGCUGUAAACGGUAGAAAACGAAAUGUGAUGACGUUAUCGCAUUGAGGUUGAUGGAUUCCGGCCCAAAGAUUGACAUCAACCUUCGAACCGCACCUGAAAAUGCUUGUCCCGAAGGAUUUGCCCCAAGUUCGCACACUGAUUUUUGGGAAAAUUAAAAAAAUCGAAGCGUACUAACUGUUUCUCCUCCAACUUUGCCGUUCAAGCAAAUAACAUUUGCCCUAUUCGGUUGAUGCUGUAAAAUGAUAUAUUUCAUGGGUUUACUUAAGUCUAAAAUCGUUGAAAAGGGCAAUCCCUGGUAACUAUUUUUAUCUGGAACGAGAUCUACAGAGACGAUGCUGUUGUUAUUCGACAGGGAACUGUGAAAGCGGAUAGCGGUAGUCCAACCGGACGUUGAGCAGGUAGAACAAGUUUGAGGGUGGAAUACAACCAUUCAAAGUACAGGGUAGAAGUGAUCAUCCUGUGCGGACCCAGAAUUUCAGCUGCUAAAUUCAACGCUCCAGUUGAAACAGGCGACGCAGCGGGUUACUAGGACUGAGUGAUUAGUUUUGGCUGCGGUCGGAUGAGCCGAGGAUAGGACUGAUUUGUUGGUUACCGUCCAACACACGGCUGAGAACUUUAGUGUGUAUUCGGAGGGUGGGUCUUUGGCGCCAUCAUUCACAUCUUGCAGAUGAUCGACGUUGCUUUGUUGUCAGACAUCAUCUCACGCACAUUUUGGCCUGAAUCUUGGAUGUGUCAUAUACCGACCUAAUGGAAGCCUCCGAUUUCUGAAUCAGGGAACCAAAAAAGAAACGGGUUUCACAGAAACGCUGAAUCCGAUGUGCUGAAUAUUUCAAAGAUUUGCACUGGCGAUGCAGGGGGUUGAUGGAAGUCUAACUUCUUUUGGGCAAAGUUGAACCUAAUAACUGUUUGAAGUAGGAAUUUUCUGCUUUGAAUCUUUCGCUAGCACGUACGGAAGAGAUCCAGUUGUUUGUAAGCCGAAGCCAAAUGAACAACGGCAUAUAGUGAUAGAUUGAGUUCAGGCCGACGUAAAUCGAGCUAGCUAACUUCUGAGUUCAGACUCAGUUCUUUGGGCACCCCAGCCAAAUAUAUUGACUUAACAUACAGUAUUUUUAAUUCGCCAGCCUUUCCGAGUGGGCGAUGUAAUCGGGUGUUUUCUGGACUUGGACAAUGGUAUCAUUCAGUGGUCGCUUAAUGGCAAUGCGUUUCCGGAAGCUUAUCGAAUGGAUCACUCCUUCAUCGCACACUCCAAGAGCAUUUUCUUCCCCGCAGGAUCCCUGUAUAACACAACUGUCAGUGUCAACUAUGGCGAUCGUCCCUUCAAAUUCGAGCCAGCGGUAAGGCAUUUUUCAAAUUGGGGGCCAUUUUAGGCCCUCAAGGUUGAGGUGCGAUUCAUUAAACCUACUAGAGGUUCCCUUCAAUAUGCACAGAUAUUUGCGCCGAAGAAAAUUUUUACUUUUCACAAGAGGAGGAACUUUUUCAGAUUUCCUUACCUCACGGAACUGUGAUGUCAUAUAAUAAUGCCUAACAAUUAAAAUCCGAUAAUAACUUAGCAUCCGUAUGGUACAUUUACACAUGUACAGAACCGAACAAUCAGUGAGAAAUUGAUACGUUUUGCAUGCAGAAUGCUGCAGGCCGCGCGAAGGAUUACCGAGGGGAAGCCUGUAUGCAACCUUGCGUGAUUUAUUGUGUGAUUAUUUGUCGUGGUUGUCCUCGAUGUAUUUUACGUUGGACAAUUUUUAUCGUUUGAAGGCCAACUCGACGGACCAUUCGUGAUAACAGUAUAUUAGAUACUGAUCACCAUUCUGCAAAUGAUCAGUAGCAGCAACAAUUUGCCAGCUGCGACACAAAUUGACUUGUCACAUGACGUUCUACGUAUGACUAGAAACUCACCACGGCAUUGCAGCCACAAACGGGAUGUAAUCUUACAGUUUCGGGAACUCUCCAGAGCCAAUGAGUAUUUUUUUAACGUUCAUUGGGGGAGUCGAGUGACUGAAUGGAUUGAAGUGGGCAAGCCGACCACCCUAGCCCGCAGUGGAAGAUGCUGUAAAUGAAGGGUGUAUCUGAGGCCUUGGUUCGCUCCCGCACGCCAUUCGCAACUGGCGUUGUCCGCGGACCUGGUGUAAAACUCUGCCAGUAGGUGAUUUACGCAACAGACCUAUGCUCUAACAUGUAGAAGUCAUCCAUUAUCCACCGAUUUUAAUGAACUUGCGGGGGGUGCAGAUGCCAUAGAAAAAACCGUUCGACAGGCGCGGACGCCGACGAAAAAACCUCAAUUGGCUGUUCGAAGACUAGACCUGAAGUCCCAUGGGACAGCCUAUGUCGGACGCAUAGAACCCAUCUUCAAAUUUUACGCCAUUGAGAUGGCUGGCCUAGAUGAGGAUCUCACUUCAAGGCAACUAAAAGUAGUCUAGCUAUCUCCUGGACGCUCAGAUACUUGUUACAGUAAGCCGCCUUCUGUCGACGCUGUCAUGUGCAAGAACUCGAAAGUGGUACUCAGAGUGUGAAAUUCCCCAGGCGUCCACGGCCAACAUCAACAGGGCUGACACGGACUACAGCGAAACGGUGGACCAUCUGCCAUUCGAUUGGCAGCAGUGAUCUACGCGUAUGACGUUUUGCGUAAACCGUCCUUAGAUCUUGCCAUGAGAGCCGUGCACAUAACUCUUUAGUCCUUAGUAGCUGACGUCUCUACUUGAGACGUGAAAACACAAAUCCACUUCUCCCAGUGAGCGCCUCUCCUUUUUCUGCUGUUUAGGCAUUUCGGUCAACAUUCCUUCGAUUUCGACGUCUACUCUAGCAUGUUUGAUUUUAAGUCUCGAUUGCGAUUGUGUAGCCCUUGGUUUCAAGCACCAACUCUUCCGUUUACUUCUGACCGUAAAAAUACUCACAGUGAUCGGGAGACCACCGCCACUGACGUCAGCAAAAUUUGUUGACAACUUCGAUUUCCAGAAUUUCCUUUGCAAAAAUAAAGUCUUACACAGGAAAAAAUACCAAAAAUACUGUAUUAUUGCUGGUGUCCACGUGACGGCCUACAAGGUCUCUAGAUUGAGCCCCAAAGCAUAACGGAACGAGGAUAUCUCCUAUCCUGGUCGGUGAACGUGCUUCCCCAACAGAAUAAGACCGAAUGUUAUUGCCGACAAGGACGAGGGAGACCGGAAUGGCCAUUUCUGACAUAUCAGUCGUCGUCAGCCGGUCAUACUUAAUUCCGAGGUGUAGAACACCUGAAGCUCGAACUUGCGACCUUUUAGUUAGAAGUCCAACGUCUCUAACCAUUAAGCAAUGGGCUCGCUCCGUAAGAACGAUCGGUGAGCGCCCCUCCAGUUUUGUAUAAUCUCGAUCGAAAACGACAGGGCAACGAACCCGUGGCUCAUUGGUUAGAGAUGUGGGACUUCUAACUAACAGAUCGCAAGUUCGAGUCCCAGAUGUUCCACACCCCGGGGUUGGGUAUGACUGGCUGACGACGGCUAAUAAGCCAGAAACGGCCAUUCCAGUCUCCUUGUCUUUGUUGAUAGUAACAUUCCGCCUAUAUCAUGCGCGCUGUGCGGCUGCUGGUUGGACUCGUGAGAGAGCCCGUAAGGCACAACGGAACGAAUGAGUCCCGUUAGGACGAUCGCUGAGCGCGCAUCCACCACAGAAUAAGGACUUGCGGCAAGUCAAUUCAAAUGCUAGUGUUAAGCUCCUCUAUGGAGGUAGACCGUUAGUUAUCUAGCGUAUAAUUCCCCCACGUGGGACAUUUUGGAAAGCCUGCAGCAUCAUGUGUGACAAACAGCCAGCUGCUAUGAAUGAGCAAAGAACAUUGAUAGUUUCGCUUCAAAACCAAACGAUUUUACCGUAUAUAUUAACACCCUUUUUGGGCAACCAUAGAUACGACGAUUUAUAUUCUUUCCUCUCCUCCCCUCUCAAUUACCAGUCGGCAAGGGCCUUACUAGAUUCCCGGGAGUCCUAUAAAUCUGUUUAUUAUUAUCAUCAUGGCGAAAGUACACGUUUUCACUUCCUUGGGGUAUUUUCUGCGUUUAUCCCUUCUCGGGCGCUACCUUGUAACUUAUCCCACUUGUUGCCGACAUAUAUCGACUUUAACGAAAGUUACGUUCUCCGCCUCCGUAAUUAACCAGGGUCACCUAUGUCCCUUAACACGCAUUCUGUCACCUUAAAUUAGUGGGCGAAAUCCGUUUCCCAUCUUCUUUAAGCAAACGCAGCGUGGGAAGCCUAAUAUUUGCUUCCCGGCGCAUGCUUCGUACUCUUUGAAGUUUCCCACGGACACAGCCCUCUUUCGACGCGAUUUUAAUGCGGAAGAAUAGGCAGGAAUAACCGACAUCAUGGGUAGUAAUGCACACGUAGAAUGGUGGUUCAUCCAAUGGGUGGAGUACGUGGUGUUGCCCUGUAAUUUGGCGCAUUGUGCCCUCCCCCCCGCAGCAGGACUUGAUAAAUAUUAGCUAAGUUAUCAAAAAGGGCGAACUGCGUAGACGGCUGACUGUGUCUGAGUGGGUCGCAUGGAAACGGGCAGCGUGACGUCAUACCAUAUUACUGCGUAUCUUCCUAUUGGCUAGGCUGUGGCGUUCUCAAGUUGGGUUAUUUUUAUGUCAUUCAGUCACGAAUGAUGCGUAAAGAGGACGUCGAAGUUCAUGAUAAAUCGGCGUAAAUUCCCAUGCACGCCGUCCGACGGCGACAGUACUUAUGUAUUGUCGGAAUGUAGACGGACAUGAAACGAAAGCUGCGGUGUGCAGACUACUCAUCGACGACCUUCCAAACCAAAUACAACGUCUACUACCGGCUCAAAUUAACAUAAUUGACUAACGGCAAUGAUGGCAUCCACUAGAGUCCUGUUUUAAGGACAAUCUACAAAUAAUCAGCAAAAACUCCCAGACUGUACCAAGUCUGGCCAACGUAUACGAUCGUGUUUGCAUUCUGCGCCCCGUUUUUCGAUGCACUGCUGAUGUCUGGGCGGGAUUUAGAAGGCGCAUUUUACCACUAUUUGGAGUUGGCGUUCGAGUAACAGCUUUUAUUUCGAGCUAAGGUUCAUCAUCUCUACCAAAGUACCACCACACACGACUCGGUAGUACCCACCAUUCAAGAAAUACACCGACAGCCCUACCGGUCUGAAAUAACGGGAUGAUUUCUUCAAGAGAAAUUUUUACCCUAGAAGGGUACCUUGCCACUCGAAUUACCACGACGCCUUAAAGGAAAAAGGAUUAAUUACACCAAGAGGACAUCGAGUUAUUGACUGGAUUGUAGGAAAAUGGAUUUUUACAUAGGUAGGAAGACGAGGAAGAUUUUUAAUUCAUCCCAGAAAUUGGCUUGCCAGCGCACAGCGCGGACCUUAGAAAAAAGUCUAGACAUAUGUUUUGUCGUUUUUGUGUCGCUUCAUGAUGGGAAUGUCAGGAGUUCAGCCGAUCACUGAGUUCUGAGUGUCGUCUUUGAAAAUACUUUUCCCAAUUGAAACCGUCUCCAAGACGUUCGGUUGUACCGUCCAGUAAGGUAAGGCGAUAUUGGAAAUGAUAAACACUACGGGACACCGUAUCGAAGCCGCUGGAGUUUCAGUAUUUUGCAGCAAGGCUGUAAAGCACGUGUCUGAAGUCGCGCCUAUUUUGGAAAUAACAGAGGAAUGGCUUUCAUCACACAGGCCAAGAUGCUCAAGAGCUGCUGAAAUUCCCGUCAAAAGUAAAUCCAAUUAAGUCAUAGCUAUUUUAGACCUCUUCAAAAUUCUGUUCAGGUUUUGCCAGCCAUUUGCAAACGUUAGUUCCGCAGAGGUUUUUUUUAUUGCUUUUGUCUUCCAGUUAAGUUACAACAGCCAGUCGGAGUUGGAAGAGUAGAGUGGACAUCGAAUAAAACAUCCUCUAACGACAGCUAAAUGUUCAGAAAUAACAUUUAGAUAAGACUGACUUAUGCGGCUCACUUCCAGUGAAAUUGGGGAUGGGUUUGAGGUUAAGGAUUGGGUUUUAGGCUAGAUUUAAAGAUAGCGGCAAGGGAAGUCAGGAUCAGGUUUUGGGUUAAUGUGGGGGGCUAGUGUUAACUGCAGAGUUAAGGUUUAGAGAAGGGUUAUAGUUAAGAUUAGGGCAACGAUUUAUUUUUAUAUAAGGCCUGUUGUUGGGGUCAGGAUAAGGUACUUUUUUAUCCUUUCCGGAAUUAUGCGCAGGUUCAUCUUUAUAACUUGGGCGCGGCGUUCCUAUUCCCAUGUCCCGUUUGGUGGGCCACAUGAAUAAGUCCUACCAACCUUCCUUUUUAUCAAAAUGUGACAUUUAUUGAGCUAUGUGAUCCAAAACGGUAUAUCCGCGUUGGAAUUCUACCCCCGUCAGACUCAAUUUGCACAAAUAUAUUUAUGACUCAUUCAUUCGAUCGGCAGAUAGCGAUGCUUCUCAACAAUGAAUUAAUAUAUCAGUCCUGUUUAGUUUGCUGCUAGUUAAGCCCCCGAGACACAUUUAUACCCUGUCGACAAUUAAACUGAUCAUUUCCCUUGUAAUUGUACAGGCCUGAUGAGGAAUUACCGAAAGCAUAUGCUAGCCAAUCGACUUUUAAAAAUUAGCCCUUUAAUCCUUAUGAUGAUGGCUUGCAAGCCGUGGUAAACGGUCAUUCCAAUGUCUCCAGUCAACUCGGUAAUAUUCCUCGGCUAUUGAAUGCUAGUCGUAAUGCGUCCGCUUGAACUGACUCCUGACUUUCUCCACCAAAUCCAAACAAAAUACUAUUUCCAUACUGCAAUCAGUAUGGCAAGGUAAACAUCGCUGCCAUGUGGCUUUGCAUAUUCGCAAUCUCAACUGCUGAAGCGUGAUUCCAACAUUUCGACUUAUAGGAACGCUUGGAUUAUUCGCUUACCAAUAAAUCCCAACGAGCCAUUCAGUUCCUCAAGUCUUUGUAACAUUCCUUGGAUUAUUAUAGAUUUGGAAAAACAUGUGAACGUAGAACUUUAAAUAACGCAUUGACGACACCUGAUAUUUACCCGUCCAAAAAUGGGUUUACCAAGAUGAAUGAAAUGCGUAAUCCCUAGGAAUGUUGCCCACUUAUUAGAAUUUUCCAAAAUAUACGGUUUUUACUGGCGCAUUAAUUUCGAAACAACUGCAAAAUAGGCUACUUCGAGAGAUUAAAAUUUUCGCAGCAAUACAUAACCUCCAAACCACUAGUUGUUCCCUUAGUAUGUAUGUUUUUAGAAGAAUCAUGACCAAAACAUUGAAACCGUUGUUUCUCUAGCGUUUAUAACGACGACAGUUAGCAAAACGUUUCAGCUCAUUAGUUAAAUUCGUCGGUUUACAAAGCAGGGAAAUGUCGCACGUAUCUUAACCGAUAAAAAGAGUUCAUUUAUUACCAUCCUCGCGUCCGGCUAGGCAAGGUAGAGCAGUUUGGAUCGCUGUAGAGCGAUUCGGACCAUUCUUUCCAUGUAGUUAUUAAAAAGGCUCACCUUGUACCUGUUUCCACUUGUUUAUCGGCAACUGAUUGUUUGAAACUGUCAUCGGUAAUCAUUUCAUUGAACGAGUGGAACAUUUCCAUCCGGCCCCAUUUCUUCUAUUGAAAUGUGAUCGAGUUGCGGAGACCGUGUUGUUUGUUUGGUCUUGCAUUUAUUUGCGUUACGGUUGAUACUGUUCCGUGGUGGGUAGUAUGGCAAAGGUAGCGGAGGUGGAUCGCCUACUAACCAUUUUUCUUCGAAAUCGCGUUCUGCCAGAUGCGAAACCAAACGCCAGCUAUCUUUACUACAUGUGUCAACACUCGCGCAGAAUUUACCAAAAAACAGGACUAUGUUCAUAAAUAGGAAAGAUUACUCAACUGAGUCUAGAAUAUAACUAGACAUAUAACAUGGCCUCGAGUAAAUUCCUACAUUGUGGCAUGCCGGAGUUCAAUAUACAGCGGUAGAUGAUAUAGGUAGAAUGUUAUAACCGACAAAGACAAGGGAGACCAGUCUCCCUGGUCUUUUUCGGUAAUGACACUCACCACAGCAUUCUUAUCUCAAUGUGACAUCAAGAUUUGUCGUAAGACUGUUAUCAAGGCAGAGAUGACACUUAUUAUGGUUUGUCCUUUUACCUAGUAGCAAUUGCGUCCCCAUUACACAUUAUAGGAAAAAGAGUGGCUCGCACAAGGAAUAAACUUGUUAUCGGGCGGAGUUGAGCGACAGAUCUUCCGAAUUUGCACAGGAAGCUCCAUCGUGGAACUACGGUGGUCCAUGAUUCUACCCUGUCCGAUAAUGGGCUUUGUUCUUUGUGAGAAGUGCCUUGUCUAGCACAGCCUGCAGUGAGGAAGCGAUUGCGAAUGUUGCCCUAAACCGGAUCAUGUAGCCGCCAGGGGACUGUUGUGGGCGGGUGGUACAUGGCCUCAUCCAUCCGCAGUAAAGGGACCCGUUUCGAUUUUCAUGACUUCUUGCAGACACCCUUUAACCAUCGCCUGAGAAACUGCUGUUCAGUUAGUGUCGAGGCAUAAUCUGCGGCAGUUCGUAAAAUCUGAUAAUUAAGACUUGGGUUAUUUGACCUGCUCUUCUAGAUGCCAGUACGUCUUUGGGGCUCAAAUGACUAAGAGUGUUUUCGGAAAAUCUAUCUUAACGUAAAGUUGAACGGACAAACCUGAUCUGCAUUUUAUAAUCUCGCUGGAACCAUCGUCAAAACCAACUAAUGAAAGCAAAUAUUAGGGCGCUCUGCGGAGCCCACCGGGUGUUCUUUACAGGAAACAUGGCUUUACAAGAGUUUGCUACGCAUACUAAGAAGAAAAAACCAAUAUGCUUGUUUAUGAAAUCGCAACCUGGGUCCUUGGUCUCUUUCCUCACAAAUUUAAGCAUAAUUUCCGAGUAGGAUUUAGUAGUCCGGGAACUUUACUUUGGUCGAUUACCAACCCUCCGUACUGUGAGUUUUUAUUUUGUGUUCUCAGUCGCGGCUGUCUGUGAUUAGAUCUCCCCUAUCGUAGUAGGCGUUGUGCAGCUCUAAGUACUGGCACGCAGUUAUUCAGCUGACUGCCCUUGGUUGUUAAUUAGCACGAAGUUAUUGCGCAUGGCGACUUCCGCAGGAAAGGACAGUCGACUCCGCUGUAAAGCGUUUUUUGCUUACGGGAAUUCCGAUCAACAGUAGGGUUUUAUAGAUUUGGUGGCCUUCUUUCGGUUUUUAGUGAACGUGUAUGAAAACACUUCAGUCACAGUUUUUGCUCUUUUCCCGAAUUUCUGCGCAGGUCCAAUAAAUCUUUCCAUUUCUUCUUGAAAUAGUUACUUUUGUAAGCAGAUACCGUGACAUAGAAUUAAGCCUUAUUUGACAUUUCUGUCGCCAAUUUUGGGAGAUAGGAUUCAACGCUAAUUAGAAAGAACACAAGUAACUAUGAAAAACACCGUUUUUAAAACCUUGUCGUUUUCGGUAAAAACUGAUAAAACCAAAGGGAUUUUUGUUCCAAAAUAUUUUGAAAGCCUGGUCUAGGAUAUUUUCAAAAUGGUGGAGUUUUUAACAAGUAUCGAUGGCCUCAGGGAUAUGCGAAAUGAAGGAUGUUAUGUUACUCAUGGAGUUUUUUUUCGCACCGACGUGUAAUUGACUCCACUUCUAUUUUUUUACGAUUUUCCAAUACUUUAGAGAGAGUGGUACUACCUCUUCGCGGCGGCUGAUGAGGACGUUCGUGACUCUAAGCGUUGGCCGAAAGACAUCAAUGCUGUUCUAAAGAUGCCUGUAAGUUUAAUUACCUCCCCGUCAUUUCUAUCACACCGCGUCCCUUCUGCUGUCCCUAGCUAACACCUUUUAUUGUGAAGCCGAAGUCUAUCGAAUACCAUCCCACUCUUCUCAUUUCAUGCCUUGGUUACAUAAGACGAUAACAAACAUCAGUUGAAAGAUGUCUGACUAUUGUCAGUUAUGUUUUUAAGAAACAGCUGCAUCAUUGUACUAUAAGGUACUGUUUAAGCGGGCUCAUCUAAAAAUGAUAUACGCCGUUUUUCAACAAUAUUCCCUUCUGCGCUUGCGUAAGGAAGAUUACACUUUGGACCUAGAGUGAAAUCACUUCCUGUAUACUUACUGCCACUGACCGAUCUCAUGAAAUUUUGACCGAAAUUUUGAAAUGCGUUUUCGAUUGGGAAGGAUUACCUCGGUAGACUUGUAAUAUCGAUUAUGGUGAAGCAUAAUCCCGUGAUACUUCGGAAAUGCCAGGAUGUUGGCUUUUGAAUGCACUUCUUUCAACCGCACCCAGUAAAAAAUGACUACUUAAAUGAUAUGCAUUUUCUCUGUCGUUUUUCGACGCCCUUAUUAAUUCAAAAAUAUUUCGCCGAAAAACUAAACAACUAUAUUCUUUAUUUCUUUGGUAGCAAAUUAUGUCUCCUUCAAGUGAGAUACUCGGAUAAAGAGUAUCCUUUGGUUUUAAAAAGCGUUUAUAGUUAUAAGAUUUUAUAAGACUGUGCACUGUCCAUGCAAAUAGCACCAUAUCCGUAUCUUUAACAAUGCUCCUCAUUAAGAAUACAACAUAGGCACAUCCGUUGCAACAUUUUAUGAGUCCCAUAUGAUAUUUUCUUUAUGGCAUAAAAGAAUGUAUGCUUUUCUUUACACGGGAAGUAUACAGCUGGUAAACUAGAAACCCCUUAACAGAAACGCAACAAGAGAUCGAGCUUAAAGUUAUCCGGGAAUGGAAAACCUCAAAAGUAAAGGCGCUCUUUCUUUUAGUAUAAAACGUGAAAAAACCUAAUUUACUAUCUAAAUGAAUGCAGGAAUAAAUAUAUUUGUGGAAGUUUCCUAUAACAUGCAUUUGAAUUUACGAGAACAUUGGAAUUCGGUGGAGAAGGUGCACAUUACUUAAGGAAUGAUUUUUUACCGAGUCCGGUUUUUGCAGGUGGCCGAAGAGAAGUGCAUUCGGAAGUUACCACCACGGCGUAUCUGAAAUAUUCCGGGAUUAAGUCUUAAGAUGAUCAACACUACGGCCCCACUUAGGUAAUCCUUCUGAUCGAAAUUGCAUUUCAGAAUUUCGCUUAGGAUUUCAUGAGAUGGGUCACUGACUGUAUAAUGGAAAGCACCUGGAAUAGAUCACAUUUCCUAGGAAACUCACAUGUGUCUACUAGGUCGUAAGACCCAUUGGGUCGAACGCGGGCUGACAGGAAGUGGUAUAAGUAGGGCAGCUGGUGUCGUUCGUCCAUUUGCUCCAGUGUAUCCGCUCAUACGCCGAUUCCAUCCUGGAACGAUUUAGAAGUUAGACCCGAGGUUUGGCGAUUUUAAGUCAAACGUUCUUCCACUGGGUCAUAGACAUAUGCCCUGUCAACUUCGACCAGAAGCAUGCACAGCAAGAUGGAUGUGACGUGUGUUAAGUUGGCUGAAUAGGACUGAAUACGGGUGAUCCGUCCUUCGGUUGGGGACAUGUAAGUCGGCCUCAGCAUUCAAUUUGUGCGACGGCUAGAAAUGAUCCAUUGAGAUCAGAAUAACCAUCGUUGGCUCAUGAAAUGUCAACCAAAAUUUCGAUAUACGUUCUCGUUUCGAAAAGAGAAAUUAAGUAGUGUUGUAAAACUAAUCAUGAUGCAGCAUAAAUCUAUAAUGAUCCAGUUACCACAGGGUGUCGGCUUUCGAAAGAACUUAUUUUCGGCUGCAUGCAAGAUCUAUACUCUGCAAAAAAUGACUACGUAAGAAGUAUGCAAUUUUCUCAUUGAUUUUCGUGGCCCUUGAAAAUUCAAUUAUAUUUCCUGGAAAACAUGCAUAAAAAUAUUCAUUCUUUUACUUAUUCGGGAGAAAAUCACGUCUUCUUCCAAUUUCAUUUUCAAAAGAAGAGUAUAAUUCGGCUUUAAAAAAGUUUCCAAUUGUGAGAUUUUUUAAUACCGUUAAAUGGCCGUUCAUGAAACGUCAUGUAUCUGCAUCUACGAAUGUGGUUGUAAAGUUAACAAUAUUGCUCAAAUCCACUGCUUAAUUUUAUGAACCUCAUAUGGUCUCCUGUGAACACCGUAGAGAAAUGCAUGGUUUUCCGUACACGAAAAAUAUACAGCUUGUAGUUUUGAAACCCUGAAUGCAAGUGUAACGGCAGGUCGGAUUCAAAAUUACUCGGGAAUUAAAAAAGUUUUUUAAAACCGAAUAAUACUCUUCUUUUGAGUAUGUAAUUGGAAAAAGACGUAAUUUUCUACCGAAUAAGUAGAAGAAUGAAUAUUUUUAUGCAUGUUUUCCAGGAAAUAUAAUUGAAUUUUCAAGGGCCACGAAAAUCAAUGAGAAAAUUGCAUACUUCUUACGUAGUCAUUUUUUGCAGAGUAUAGAUCUUGCAUGCAGCCGAAAAUAAGUUCUUUCGAAAGCCGACACCCUGUGGUAACUGGAUCAUUAUAGAUUUAUGCUGCAUCAUGAUUAGUUUUACAACACUACUUAAUUUAUCUUUUCGAAACGUGAACGCAUUUCGAAAUUUUGGUUGACAUUUCAUGAGUCAGCACAUCUACUGUAUGUCUUCUCGGCUGACGACGACGACAGUCAAGCCAACAAUAGCAUUCAUUUACUGCUGACCUAGUCAGUAAGCUUAUCAAUUAUAGUACUCACAGUUUGUCCUUCUAUGACGGCAACUGUCCCACCGAAGAAGUGGCGGUGGGUUUGCCUUCCUCGGGCUUUGCCGUGGCAGCAAAUAAAAAUGCCCGAUGUGAUUUUUCUCAAUAAGUGGAGGAUAUAAAGGCCACACUUCCUGUGCACUCCAUCUUGGGCUCUUCCCUAACCUAAAUCUCUGUCCCUUAGUAAUGCUGACUACUCUUUAACACCCGAACGACAAUCGAUCUAAACUGGUGAGGUUGACAUUGAAAUCAUAAACAACUCGAGAGAACUAACGAGGACCCGACAAAACUACUGUCAGUCGGUGACUUAAUUCGUUUUUUGUUCUGCAAGCUUUCUUAUCGUAACUCAAGUUGGGGCUCACUGACAAGCAGUGGAUCUAAACUCCGCAGUCCCGCUGUUUCUAUACACGGUUCUCAUAUGUUGGCGGCACUUUUGAACAGGAGUGCUGCGCGCCGAUAUGAUAGGCCCGCAUUUACAGGGUUUGAGCAGCUGGAAAGUUGAUUCGGCUCGCUGAGGACGCUUUUUUUCAGAGAUUCAGAAAAUUAUUCUCACCUUCAAAGAUUGCAGUCUUACCGGCAUUACUGACCAGGGGUCACUUUGACUUGCUCUCCGACACAGGCGUCUGAAGGCGACUUCUGUGACUUAUGGCGUCAUCCUAAUGCUAAAGUACUUCCUCCGAAGUAGGCUGCCUUAGCUCUCUGAGAAUAAACUGCGUCUGGAGCAUUCUCUGAACAAUAGGCCCUUAUUUUUGCAGGCUUUAACCCGUUUAGUGAAAAUUAUCUGGGAUGAAAAUAAACUCAUAUACGUAGUAGCUCCUCAACGGCCUUCAGUUUACUCACCUACUUAAAGCAUGUCAACUGGGGAUCUUGAAAGCACUGUCAAAAUGUCCCACUUUUAUUUAAUGUUUCCCGCGCACGGUAAUCAAUAAAGCCCAACCUGAUUUUCGCAUACAGUUGGUGACCUAACUCAUAAAAUGUGUCGAAAUUUAAGAAUGAUUACCAAUCACUCUCAAACCGACACCAUUUCAUGAGUCCAAUGUCUAUGUACAAGUUUAAAAGAAUUAAAAGCAUAAAAGAAAUAGUUAAGGCGGUGUUGCGUUGUUAAGAAAUGCCGAUUUAUUUUGAAAAGCGCAAUAUCCCGAAAAUGUCUGAAGUGGCUCUUAUUUAGUAAACUUCGUUUUUAGAUGUAAAGAAUGUAUUCUCAUACCAAAAACGUAGUAAAUAUGAAAUUAGAAAUAAAGUGGCGUCUAAUAAUAGUGUUUCAGUGAGGUUUACAUUUAAAUAUCGUUUAAUUUAUGUGACAUUAGGUAGAAUUUUCCAAACGACAAGACAAUUUCAGCCUAUUUAAACAAAGGAAUCCCUAUAUGCGUUAUUACUACACUUUAGGGCAUCAAAUCGCAAAGGUCAGCUAAUUCUACAUUUAGAAAGUGAUAAAACCUCUGGUUUGCUUAAAAUAACCGUUGUGUUAGCAGGUUGAUUACUACGCUUAACAUCGAACAUAAAAUAAGUUUUCAAGUUCGGUUAAAUCUGUCUAUUAAAACUCUAGCGGGCAAAUUAUUAUCCUCUCAUUGAAAAAGUCGCUCAGAGGCGUAACCGGAGUCUACGAUAUGCAUUGGCAUAGAAAAUUGCACAAAUAUAUUCAAACGUCCAUUUUCGACAAAAUGUACUGAUAUUUUACUUGAUAUAAUUACGUAAACACAAUUUCUGCACAAGAAAAAGUCAGUUCCCUGAAGGAUGUGGAUGAGCGAACGAAAUACGCAACGUUAAAGACGCCCAGGAAUUCUGGCAUUAGUUCCCGAAUAAUAACAAGAGCACUAGUCCGAAUAACUGCGAUUUCACCAGCCGCGCAGUAUCAUCCGGGACAGAACUGUUGAGGGUUUGAUAACAUUGAAGAAGACGGUCGAAAGAGGUACUACUUUUACAAAACUGGAAGACCUGAAGUAGGGGGGGGGGAUCUGUGGAGUUUUAUUGCUUUUAAGGCAGAACAGGCCAGGAAAGGCGUGUUUCACCAUGCUUUUUGUGUCUGGCGGUUUAGUGACCAAAUAUUAGGGGUUCGUCAGCCAGACUUCCGACAGGCGGCGCUUUCUGUUUCACUGGCGAUUAUUUCAGUGAUUAGGGCAUUCAGGACUUAAAAGACUCCACAAAGCUAGUUGCUUCCACCAUUUGCAUCUAAUGGCAUGGCUGAGUAUGCACGCUUUCUACUCGUCUCCGGGACCAUCUGCGGAUAUUUCAUUGCUUAUGUUCUGGCGCCAUCACAUAUAUCAACAUUAAUUAACGCAACCGGGGUAGGUUUGCAACCAAAAUGGUAAGGCUUUGCAUGACGUAACAGAGUUUUAAUCGCUGGUCUUCCAAGACCAAGAAGCCAUUUUCUAGUGGAAAGCAGCAGAUAAAUCUAAUCUCAUUUUUGAGUUGUCGAUUGCUAGCUCAUAGGCAACCGUCUGGGGACGUUCUCACACAUACUGGUUGUAGAAUCUGUGGCCAGAUCAUUCAUACUGACCAAGAAUUCAGACUUGCAAAAGAAACCUUUACAGUGUCUUGCUUAAGAAGGGCAUGUCAUUGUUGGGCUGUAAACCCGUGGUAAGUCAUUGACAUGCAACCAAGAAUCUCGCCUAGUUGGCUGUUGGCCUGGCAGCAAACGGAACUAAUGUUUAUCAAGGGGCGAAUUAUUAUUCAGGACGAACCUACAGACGUGUGCGUGCCAAUGAUUUCUGCGUUCCAGAAGACAUUCGUUGGAACAAGAACUGCAUUCGUCUGACAUUUCAGAUGCAGCCUCAAGCUCAUCGAUAAAUAAUGGUAACAAACGAACCGGUGACGCGGCAUUUAUGGAACGCCGUUGCAGAUCCACUACGUCUACUAAAAUUUACUAGCUCUCCGUCCAUUGCAGUCGUGUGACAUUUGUUUCGUCGCCCUCAACCGAGUUUUUAAUAACCGAAAUUUGAUUACCAGUGUUUGUGAUUGACGCGACACUUGCUCGGCCGUUCUGGGGACGUAGGGGUUAGCGAUGCCUUCUAUGUACUAGUUUUAUGAGAUUGUCGAUUAGUUGUCACCACCACCACCACCACCACCACCACCACCACCGCCGCCGCCGCCGCCACCACCAUCAUCACCGUCAUCAUCACCACCACCGCCGACACCACCACCACCGGUGAUGAACUCACGACCAUUAGCGUCUCGGACGCAAUCGACCAAGCAAGUAUAACGCCAAGUUAAGACAUCUGUGACUUAUACAGGAGCUGUGAACUUUACUGAGUGAGGUAGCUUUGAAGCUGCUGCCCGCCUUGUUAUGGAACAUUUCGCGGUGCGGAGGCUCAGAUUUUCAUUUAUUUUCCUGGGUAUACUAUGUUGUAACGUUUUGAAACUUUGCAAGGAAGUGUAGCCCUUUCAGAAGUGCUUUGUUGUGUGAACUUCUGCAGCCCUACCAGUCCGACAGUGUUCACUUUUGCGCGCACUAAACCGCAUUUUUCCCAGUGAGUUUGUGCGCAUUGGAGUCGGCGUGUGAAUGCAGAUGUCUAGGCAACAGAAAACCCCCCCUUAGCUGCUAGUAGACUGUGGACCGUGCCAUAAGUGAUUUAUGGUAAAUGGAGUUUUAUGGGUAGGACAGCAAGCUAGACAAUAAGCUGACAAAAUUAAACAAAACGCAAAAAUUGCCUGAGUUUAUACCGAAAGUCUUAUCCUAUGCUAUUGUACGACGGCGGCGAUGAGAGUAGUAAUUAAACAAUAAACAAAAAGUAAAUUUCACAAGAUAACGGAUUUUGAGUUAAGGUGUGAGGUCGUGGGAAGUAAUCGGCUUUGGCAGUGUAGUUUCUGCAACAGCCUGCAAAUGUUUGCCAAGCCAAAACCCCCAUAUGACAACAUCUACAUCCAACUGACAAGUAAGUUGGGUCCUUCUCUAUACCGUUGUCGAUGUUUAUUCUGCAAAUCUCGCCCGCCCUUUUCGGUCAGAACAUCGCCUCAUUUUCUGCCGAAACUCAACGUUUUUGGUGGGAGUCUUUGAACUCUUGUAGGCUUUUAAUUAGAAUGUCCUUAGCAGUAGAUCACUGCGUAAUGCCCAUCACAUUUCCUCCUAAACAGUGUGUUAAGCCACUGAAAGACGCCGCUCAACGCUACCAGCCAGGCAGUUGUUUACGAAUGGUCGUUAACCAUUCAGGCAGGACUGCGUCGGAGUCUCAAGCAGUACAAACGAUGUAGGCGGGCCGGCAGCGGCGCGUUUGCAGCCAGAAGACACCGAAAAAAGUAAAGUAUUCAACAGUUCGAAGACAGUUACUGCCUAAGACGGUCUCCGGACCAGUCUCCAGCUUUGUGACAAUUGCAUACAAUUUCCAGUGGGUAUUUACUGCUGCUGUGCUAAGACAUGGGGUGGGGUAGAAAGUUUUAAGUCCCUAGCAUGCUCUGGUAUGUCCUACUAUGCAGCCCUUCAACUGCUGCUCUCUCUCUGCCGUAUUGUCACUCCGUCAAAAAUAUUUUCUGGAUCCCUUGCAACCUGCCAACUCUCAUCUUCUUCCUGUGUGUUCUCCACUCGACAGUUACUCAACCACUGCUUCAAUCGUCUCGGUUCGUGUCCCAGUGUCGAUUCUUUUACGUCCAAUGUAAAUGGCCCCUCUACUAUACCCUGAUGUGCUGUUACUCGUUCCUUGCAUAGCAUAAAUAUCUCACCGCCAAAAUACGCCGGCGCUUCGUCAUAACGAAGUCGCAACUAACCAGCGACUUCGAAAUAUGCACGUUUUUUGGCUUGGCUUGCUUAACUGUCUGUGUUUUGGCUUCUUGCUUGGCCGGAACAGCGUGCGUUCUCCCAUUGUCCCUUAUAUGGACGCUAAUUGACUGGCCAACUGUCCCCCCGCUGGGGGUUUAGAAACCGACCGGGAACGCUAGCGAAAAUUGUCACAUCCAAACCUAAACUUCCCAGUGUCGAGUAUACCUUUAAGAAUAGGGUUACUUAACUAGUAAAAAUUUUCAAAUUAUUUUAUGCUGUUAAUGCAUAGUCCCUCUGAUUUCCAAUAAAUUUAAUUUCUACAGGUUAAUAAUCAGAACCAACGCCUUCUUAUGUCUGUUAUAUCUCCAAAGCAUGCAUGAUCGAAAAAUAUAUCAUAGCGCUAACUUUUUAGAACCAAAACAUCCUCUCACGAUCAAAUUAUACUGAGCUCAUAAUCCUCCAAAGAAUACCUACUAGACAUGAGUACUUUAUUUAAUCGACGAUUUGUGGUUAAAAUAAGCAGGCGUAUAAGUUCAAUGGCGUAAUACAUUCUGUAUGAGUUGUAAUUUCCUUCUGAGUGUGAUUACCAUAGGUGAUUUGAAAGAUGCCUGAUCGAAAAGCAGCUUGUUGCUGCGCGACCACAAAUCUGGAGUUGUGUUUCACGCUGAUGGGUACUUUAGGCUCAGCUAAGCAAUGUGUUCCAGUGGAAGGCACUUUGUAAAAUGUAGGUAUGUGUUUCAUGAGUUUUGACUCGUGACUCCAAUUAGUUGGGCAGUGUCAGGGGAGGUAAAAGACUGGACUUCGGUUUGUGGUUCAAAUACUUAGUCAGGGUACGCCCAUCGGGGCAAAAAAUUGUGAUCAUGGGGAGGGGCCUUCUCAUAUCUCUGUCUCUAGUUUCCUGGUGGGCUGCUCAUUGUCAAUAGUUUAACAGGGAAUGUAUACGGAGCUUCAUAACUCUCGCCUGCUAAAUAGAAUUCGUCUCUGAGUCGUUAUUGUCCGCGUCGAAUGACCUGAUUUAUACGGUUUCGCCCUCCUGUAUGCCUGACCCAUGCCGCGCUUAGAUGGUUACUUAGCCACAUCCACGGCUGAUCCCAGCGACAUCUGGAAUGCCGGGCUGACAAAUACCAACAAACUCCAAUGCUCUAAAGACGGCGAUGCCUAGGUUGACGUCACCGGUCAUUUUAAAUCGCUUUUAUUAUGCACCUGAUGGAGAUCAUCUGCUAUCAGGCCACCAGUUCAAGCGCUUUAGUUCCAGCCACAGGGUUGGUCACCAUUCGCACCGCGGACGACGCAUGGAUGCGGUUUCCGCUUCCUCUCGGUAUAAUUAGGAAUCGCACUUCUGAGCUGUCAUAUGGCCACGCCACGGUGCCUAUUGAGGAGACGCGUUUUGGUGUCUAUCAGGCAGUUUCUUGGUUGGAGAAAUGUUAUUGGUGUUAUCGACCGAAGCCGUCAUCUCUAUAGCAACGCCAUGGCUAUUUUCACAAAGUUUAUAUAACAAACGAAUUGGUCAAGCAAACCAAAGUAAUAAUGAUCUGCGAUAGUCAACUUCAUGUCAUCGAGUAAUGUCAAUUAAGAAGUGCUCGGUUGUUAUGCCCAUUUUCCUGAAGUCAGGCCUGUCGACCGCAGACGUUUGUGCAGGGCGGGCUCAAUUUAAAAACCACUAACUCCAAAAAUGCAGUUAAGAGGUAACCGAGGACUAACGCAGGUGAGUCAGUCUAUGUGAGUGUUUUUUUAGUCGAGAUGCUUUAGCACAUCGGGUCGACUGGAAGCGUUUCCGAAUUUCAUGUUGACUACAACGGGUUUUGAGAACGAACGCUCGCUAUAGGGCUGAAAACCACAUUGUGUUUACGGUAGAGUAUUACGGACAAAAAGAUCUAAUGAGAACAUUAAUGCUGUUACUAGAAUUACUAGCAACAAUUUCUGAAAGACUCAUAUUGCUAAGCAAACCAUGUGUUCACCAACUUGGCUUCACUUUCCUGCUUCUCCCGUCAACCUACCGCGCGUUGCAAUUGCAGCACGGGAUUUCACAGGUGCAAAUCUUGAAGUUAGUGAUAGAGGUUCCCGUUUUUUUUCUGUGGCCUGCCAAGAGCUUUUUUAUUAGCAUGGCUUACAGUGCGUCUCAUUUUCGCUGAUGCUGAAUGGCUUACACAGCAGCCCUUUUCAACCUGAGCUGCAGACUGAGUUUUGACUUGUGUAAUUCUUGUUGCAAUGUCAGUUUUUGAUAACCAGUGUCUCUUGCCACGGUAAUAACACCUUUUGCCUGCUAACUAUUGUUUUCAACAGAGAGAUAGAGUAGCUAUGACGUCGUACGGAAGCUUCAGCUUAAACUUCGACUGAGGGUUCGAAUGUGGUUGGGUUUUUUGGACGCCAAGUGUACGCCGGGAGUUAGAUAGCAAAAUCUGCUGGGGCGAAAUUAGAACUACUUCAAAUGAAAUAUAGCUUUAAACUCAUUACUACAUGGUAGAAUUUCAGAUUUGGUUAAAACGUCUUGCGCAAUCUAUACAGACUACGUCGAGAAUAAGACUGUGCACAGAGUGUAACUUCUUACAGUGACUUUAUGGGAAGUCACACCGUCUUAACACCUAGGUUUCGGAGCAAUGUAUUUUUUUAUUUGGGAAACGAGUCUACUAGAAAUUCCGAGGCGUUUAAUGAGUUUUCUGCACUCCAGUAAGCGCACGUUUAUUGAUACUACCAGAAAAAUGUGUAAAGGGACCCCGAACUAGUCCAACUUUUCAUAAGCGACCGAAACCAUCUUCGCGGAGACAGGCAGAAAAAUAUGAGACUUCUUCUGAAGAAAUGUAUAAUAUGCAAUUCAUAAUCUUCUGGAAAGACAUAAAAUUCAACUUUUACUCCAAAAUAUGGAUGAAUUUCCAAACUUUUGCGCGCUAAAUGCUGUAUACUAUCGAACAUUAGAUCUCAUAGACGAAAAUUUCCAACAAGAAGAAUAGAGGCAUAUAACUUCUGCUUAUAUUUUCUAGAAAAUGUUAAGGAAGGCAUGAGAGCAACAAAAAAAUUAAUUGCGACUUAGACACUGCCAAAUCUGCCCUUCCAGAUUGUGUUUGGCAUGAACUUGCAAAUACUUUCAAUGAAUGGCUAGCAUACCGUCGGGUACGAACUGAGAUGUGAUUCCAUCGCUUGUUGGUCUGUAUUUAAAUCUUAUUUUCUUACAUCUUCUAUUCAGAAGAGUAGUAAAAGAUAAAAGCAGAAGGUCCUUUGGGAAAUCGUUGGCCGUAGGCCCUCGGCAUGGCAUGGGAUCUGUCUUAAUAAGAAAGGAAGUCAAACCUGCCUCUAUUGUAUUUCAGUCUAUUUCAGUCUCUUGUUUUCUUGUCCUCCAUCCUUCCACCUCAUCCGGCCUCCUCAAAGGCAAACACGGAACGCGUCGAGAGUGAUGUUCAGCGUCAGGAUGUCACAAUAACUGUGGCCACCCUGGAUCGAAAGCAAAGCCAUUCCUUACCCCAAGAGGCGGAGAUCAGCCGUAGCAACUCUUCUGUAGACAAGGACGAGGACACUGUGAUCCGGACAGCUUCGGAGACGGAAUUUGCCCCUCCACCUCCGCCAAUGACCUCUUACAGCGAAUCAGUCCACGUGGUGAGCUCUGAUUUACAGGGACAUACUUUGGGCACGACUGUUAAGCAGACAAUAAAAAAGUACUUAUCGAGGUGAAGAAUUCAGUAUGCCACAGAAGAUAUUCGUUUAAGUCCUCUGCCGGAAGUUUCCGCAGACAUGAGUGUGUCCACUCGAAACUGUCUCGGCGGAGCUUAAUAGCUCUUCCUUCAGGCGUCUAGUGCUAACAGUCGUGGUCAUCUGAAUUCAUAUCUCCUUUGUGUAGUGGGCAACGAGUUCCGGCUCUGAAGUUUUCUACAUCCCCUUUGGGGCUGGAGCUCUAGGCUACUUCACAAAUGCCCGUUAACCAGUUUCCCUUAGAUGUGAAAACGCGCGGGUCCUAUCAGAUGGUCACAACCUGUCCUAGGUCACAGAAAAGGCGUACAUUCCCUUAAACUAGCAAAGCUCUUUUCUUCAGAAGUGUUGCAUACAUCUCCUUCUGGGUUUCUUACCGCUUCUAACCUUCUGAACUUUUUCACUGGCCUCCUUGUGAGGACACAGUCUUUUGUUUGAAUACGGCAAAGACAUAUGGGACCUGAAUGGUCGUUUCUGAACGGUUAUUCGUUUUCGGCCAGCUGCAUUCUAACUUCAGGUUUAGGUAGUCCAGAUGUUGGGGCAUAACUGGCUGAUGACGAAUAAUAAACUGUAACUGGCCAUUUCGGUCUUCCUUUUCGUUAUGGGUUUUUAUCUUGUAUUACUAUUUGUCGCUAUGCGACCGACUACGAAAAUUAUAAACAUUUUAGGCUAUCCGGAGCCUUUUUUCGACUAGGUGCGUUAAUGCCUUUUGGCCGCAUCUCUAUGGAUUCUAACUGAUCUGGGCCUGGGAACGUUGGGUGAUCUCGGAGAAAUAGUAAAUUAUAUAUUUUAUUUUGAAUUAACACCAUUCAAACUGUCCACCACAAAGAUGGUGCAGUUCCCAAGGGAGAAUAGUCCAAUAAUUGACUUUAAUGACUUUUAGUUGACUUUACCAAAGCCUUGUUAGGAACUGCCAGUAUUUUCGCAUUUGCCCAUAGGAAAGGCGUGUCUUUGCAAAAAUUCGGAAAGACGACCUAUAGGGUCCCAGGAUGAAGGAGAGACUGCGAUGAUUUUGCUACUUCAGUUAGUUAUCUAUCCAACGUAGACAAUUUGAAUCUGCUCUGUCUUAUAGGGGAGUGUGCUUGUGAGUAAUUCUGACGCUGAAGGGUCCUACAUCGAACGGGUGUCCGAGGUGGUCUUUCGAUUGCCGUGGCUUCUCGCAGUGUGGCAUAGUUCGGUAACAUACAAUAAAUGUGCUAACUCAUGAAAUGUCAACCAAAAUUUCGAAAUGUGUUCUCGUUUCGAAAAGAUAAAUUAAGCAGUGUUGUAAAACUAAUCAUGAUGCAGCAUAAAUCUAUAACGAGCCAGUUACCACAGGGUGUCGGCUUUCGAAAGAACUUAUUUUCGGCUGCAUGCAAGAUCUAUACUCUGCAAAAAAUGACUACUUAAGUAGUAUGCAAUUUUCUCAUUGAUUUUCGAUGCCCUUGAAAAGUCAAUUAUAUUUCAUGGAAAACAUGCAUAUAAAUAUUCAUUCUCUUACUUAUUCGGUAAAAAAUCACGUCUUCUUCCAAUACCAUACUCAAAAGAAGGGUAUAAUUCGGUUUUAAAAAAGUUUCCAAUUGUGAGAUUCUUUAAUAUCGUUAAAUGGCAGUUCAUGAAACGUCAUGUAUCUGCAUUUACGAAUGUGGCUUGUAAAGUUAACAAUAUUGCUCAAAUUCACUGCUUAAUUUUAUGAACCUCAUAUGGUCUCCUGUUAACACCGUAGAGAAAUGCAUGGUUUUCCGUACACGGAAAAUAUACAGCUUGUAGUUUUGAAACCCUGAAUGCAAGUGUAACGGCAGGUCGGAUUCAAAAUUAUUCGGGAAUUAGAAAAGUUUUUUGAAACCGAAUUAUGCUCAUAUUUUGAGUAUGAAAUUGGAAUAAGACGUGAUUUGCUACCGAAUAAGUAGAAGAAUGAAUAUUUUUAUGCAUGGUUUCCAUGAAAUAUAACUGAAUUUUCAAGGGCAUCGAAAAUCAACGACAAAAUUGUAUACUUCUUAAGUAGUCAUUUUUUGCAGAGUAUUGAUCUUGCAUGUAGCCGAAAAUAAGUUCUUUUGAAAGCCGAAACCCUGAGGUAACUGGCUCGUUAUAGAUUUAUGCUGCAUCAUGAGUAGUUUUACAACACUACUUAAUUUAUCUUUUCGAAACGAGAGCUCAUUUCGAAAUUUUGGUUGACAUUUCAUGAGUUAGCACAUCUACUGCACAUAUGGCAACCAAAGGACUCCCUGUGAUUUGGUGAAGCAUAUGUGAUUGCCUUCGAGGUCUGAUGAAAUGAGGACAAUAACAGCUACUCUGAAUAAGCGGGCGAAGACUGCUGGCUUGCUUACAAGAGCACCGGCUAGUAAGAGGGAGAGCAGAUCUGGCUCUCUAACUGCCAAUGAAACUUGGAUCUUUGAGCAGGGAAGUUCGAAGACAAAGAUUCACACUUGAGGCGUAGUUAUCAGAUUUGAGCCAAGCCAAACGGUACGUCAACCUUCCUUGGUUUACCUAACCUUGUGACAUUGCUUCAUAGAGAUGAAAACGACUGACUGCAGUAGAGUUUAGGACACCAGUGGUGAUCUCGGCCCGAAGCAACCUGCCGAACGUCUCCUACGACGAGGAAGACGUGAAAGGCCAAUCUGAGAAGUCGCUCUAGCCGACAUGAUGACUCUCUCAUACAGAUGGCGGUCGGCCAGAAUGACAAAAGUAGACAAGUCGCUCAAAAUCAAGGCCAGUCGAAGCGAAAUAUCAUUUUAAAUCUUUCCCGUGUCGUGCAUUUUACUAGAUGGCAAUGAACGGCAGUCCCAUUUUUUAUAAACACCAGAAGGUCACUAAAUCCAUGUCAGCAAUCUUUAGUUCGUUACCCAGCGGUAACACUUUGUUGAUAAUUUUGAAACGACUGAAGGCAGAAGUAUUUAGAGUAUAACUGCAGGUGCGUGAGCAUACCACCGCUGCUCGAAACUUCAAAUUUUUACAAACAAUAUAGCCGAUCGAUCGAUUACUUGACUCCCGCUUGGCAAAUAGCGUGCAUGUGCCGCUAAUGGCCAGGACACCUGAUAUAUGCGGGUUAGAAAUUAAAAAUCGAAGGUGGGAUUUUUGGGCUGCAGCAUUUUAGAAAAAGCUUCGCUGGUGGGAAAAGAAGAGGAGUUUUUUUCUACAAUCACCGACCGAAACGGUAUAUUUCCGUGUACGGAAAUCCAUGCACUUCUCUACGGUGUUAAGAGGAGAGCAUAUGAGGUUUAUAAAAUUAAGCAGUGGAUUUGAGCAAUGUUGUUAACUUUACAAGCCACAUUCGUAGAUGCAGAUACAUGACGUUUCAUGAACGGCCAUUUAACGGUAUUAAAACAUCUCACAGUUAGAAACUUUUUUAAAACCGAAUAAUACUCUUCUUUUGAGUAUGAAAUUAGAAGAAGACGUGGGUUUUUACAGAAUAAGUGAAAGAAUGAAUAUUUUUAUGCAUGUUUUCCAUGAAAUAUAAUUGAAUUUUCAAGGGCAUCGAAAAUCAAUGAGAAAAUUGCAUACUACUUAAGUAGUCAUUUUUUGGAGAGUUUAGAUCUUACAUACAGCCGAAAAUAUUUCGUUCGAAAGCCGACACCCUAUGGUAACUGGGUCAUUAUAGAUUUAUGCUGCAUCAUGAUUAUUUUUACAACACUACUUAAUUUAUCUUUUCGAAACGAGAACGCAUUUCGAAAUUUUGGUUGACAUUUCAUGAGUUAGCACAUCUACUGUAUGUAAAGCACUCGGAUAAUUUUUUUAGCUUGACACACUAAUCUGGACCUUGGUCAACGGUUGGGCCUAGGACCUACAAGUAACUUGAGCUAGCCUGUGGACUGUGUCGUACGUUGAAUGGUGGUAGAGGAGGUUUUAGGGGUGGGGCAACACACAGGACGGAGAGCGAGAAGACACAGAAAAUAGAUAAAUUUCUGCCAAAAGUCUUAUCGUACGUCGUAAUUUGGCAAAGAAAGUGAGCGCGAUGAUUAAAAGUAACCAAAAAAGCAACUUUCAAAAAAAUGACGGACUUUGAAUAAAACUCCACUGGUAAGUUUACAUUUAGUGAGGAAGGGGAGGAAAUUGCAAGCAGUGGGAACGGUAAGUAAUAAAUAAUGUUUAUAGUCAUUGAAUUUUAAGGUACAUUUUCGUAAUUUCCACCUACUUGUGGACCCUACACCCUAUCGUUACCUUGGACCUCAAACACUCAGGUUACGUAUUGAAAAUCGAGCAACUGGAGGACGUUUGCUUUGCUUUUUCACGGUUCUGUGUUUACUUUGUCUCCCACAACACCGUUGGUACUUGGUUCGCAGCAGUCGUUUCUAAAUAGUCUGCCCUCAUAUGAUUCGAGCCGUAGUCGACCGAUGUUGAACCUGAUAACUCGAGUGAAUAAAGUCUUGAAUCUAAAUGCUCCAUAACUCGCUGGAUCCGGGUCAAAUUCUCACGCGUCCCAACACCUGAGUGUGAUGUAUGAUUGGGUGCUGACAGAAGUAAUCUACAAAGGACCACUCCGGUGUCCUCCAUCUUUGUUGAGAGCAUUUCUCGUGGAGACGAAUUCUGUCCAAAUGUUCGAUACCCAGGGGUCUCUGUGAAAGCUUCCCGGAUUAUCUGAGUAUAUUUUUCUUUAGAUUUCAAUAGGAUUAUUUGCGCCCGUCAGACUGCACGAGAUUUUGUCAAAAGGGACACUUGAUCUCCCAGUAAGAAGAAUCGUUCGUUUCCUAACUUGUGACAGCAAAUGCCGGUGCCUAUGUGACUUCUUGUCGAAUGUGGCUGUCAGUGUGUAGAAACUCUCUAAUUUCCAAGCAUCAUAACUUUCACAGAGGGCAUUUUGUGUACAGGCGCUUUUGUCUGUCCAAAUUGGUGCUAAGACACGUUUGAAGACUUCAUUUACGCAUAAACCAAUGCACGCGCGAACAGACUAGUAGAUCAAUUUCCUAUGGCCUCGGUCACAACAAACACCAAAUAAACUACAACCAGAUUCGAUCUGAUACGCUCCUGACCCAAGCAAAAUGUGGCUUGCUCAUGCGACAGUCCCAAAAGACAACUGACCUAUGUAGCCCCUCGUCCCUCCCCAUGUGUCCUGGCACUCCGUCACCGCGUACUUCCUGACAUUCGCUUUAGGAGGAGACGCACGGCGAGCCGGAGGUUCAGGUGGACUAUUACAUCAACGAGGAGGGUCAGCAGGUGAAAAGGAUAAUUCAGCGACACAAGAAGGUUGUGACCACAGUCAGGAAUGCGUCCACGGAGAGGCGAGAGACCAAGGUGAGUGGUCCAACCGCCCGUCACUUCUUUGCCCUCCUUCAAGAGGAAAGGAGAAACUAGGGUCCCUCGAGUUCCCUCUGGGGUCUCAUCGGUUAACAGGCUUUCGAAUUAGGGGCUCCAAAAAGUGAAAACUCUGGGUCUGCUUUGUCUCUUUUGAAAUUAGGCAACAAACUCAUCACGGGGAGAACCCGACGUUUAGUGGACACUGCUGGUUAAGCAGUUUCCUUUUGCUAGCUAUGCCCCAGUAGAGAAAGUAGAAGUGCAGACUCUCAAAUGCAAAUUUCUCCUCAGUCAUGUUUCGAUUGACUUCUCACCGCGAAGGUUGAUAUAAAUGCAACUAUCUCUCCAAUUAUUUGCAGCUGAUCCCCUUAUGGACCCUUGAACGGCGUAAGUGAAUGCAUGCUCCCCAUCUAUGUGUGGAUGGCUACCACCUGCCAACUGGUGUGGGUAGCAUAUCCGCACUUCGGGUCAUUUAUGAAUUGUCCAAUCCACAGAUGCAGCGGUGCUUGUUUGUGUCUAACUAAGCAUGUACGCAUGACGGUCUGUGCCGCACCAAUGGCCAGCAUAUGCUUUUCCGGUUAAUGGUUGCCUCAACUUUCGUCUCAUCCUCCAGCCUUUUUGGCUGGCUUCGUUUCCAUCGUCCUCCUCUGCUUCUCACCUGAAUUAUAUAUUUGCUUUUUUAAACUUACUAAGUAUCUCAGGCAACUGCUGUCAUCAGCACAGGGCUGACUUGCACCCUAAUUGGCCGUCAAUCAAGGCCCAGCAUUUGCACCACAUGUGCCUCACGCCGUCUUCCGACGCUCUUCCAACAGCAAGACAAAGUCAAGACAAUUGGCGUCCGAUGGGGGCGCAGUAGUAGCCGAAGCCACGGCUACGAGAGCCACACACGUGCUAAGCCUCACAUGGGCAUGGCCCAGUUUUGACGACAGAGUCUGGGAUCUGGGGAUAAGGAGACUCGAUCACUGGAACUGUAAUUCGGUUCGUCAGAUGCUCCAGAUCCACUAUUGAACCACUCAUCGUAAGCAUCAAAUAUGCAGUAGGUGGGCUAACUCAUGAAAUGUCAGCGGAAAUUCCGAAAUGUGAUUUCCACUCGAAAAGAUUAAUUAAGUAGAGUUGGGAGAGUAGGCAGCCUAUAACAUAAUUCUAUAAUAAUUCAGUUACCUCAGGGUGUCGGCUUUCGAAUGUACCUCCUUCCGGCUGCAUGCAAAACUACACUCUGUAAAAAAUGAAAACUUAAGUGGCAUGAAUUUUUCUCAUUGAUUUUCGAUGCCCUUAACAAUUCGAAUGUAUUUCAUGGAAAACAUGCAUAAAAAUAUUCAUUCUUACGUCGUCUUCUAAUUUAUACUCGAAGGAGGGACAACAAUUGGAUUUAAAAACGUUUCAAAUUGUGGGACUUUUAAAUACCGUGAAAUGACCGUUCAUAAAUCGUCAUCUGUCCGAUUUACCAAUGUGGCUUUUAAAGUUAACAAUAUGGAUCAAAUCCACUGCUGAAUUCUAUGAACCCCAUGUGGUCCCCCUUUAUUACCGUGGUUUUCCGUACGCGGAAAAUAAACAACUUGCAGCUUGGAAACCCUGAAUCCAAGCGUAACGAUAGAGCGGGUUCAAAAUUAUUCGGGAAUUGGAAAAGUUUUUGAAAACCGAGUUAUAUCCUUCCAUCGAGUACAAAAUUAGGAGAAGGCUUAAAUAUCUACCGAAGGAGCAAAAGAAUGAAUAAAUAUUUUUAUGAAGGUUUUCCAUGAAAUAUAAUAAGACAUUUAGGGGCAUCGAAAAUCAGUGGGAAAAAUUAAUUCUGCUUAAGUAGUCUUUUUUAUGGAGUGUAGUUUUUUCACGCAGCCGGAAGGAGGUUCGUUCGAAAACCGGCAUUCUGAGGUAACUGAAAUAUUAUAGAAUUAUGUUGCAGGCUGUCUAGUUUUACAACCCUACUUAAUUAAUCUUUUUGAAACGAAAACGCAUAUCGGAAUUUCGGUUAACAUUUCAUAAGUUAGCCCACCUACUGUAAAGGUAACGGACGCGUAAGGCUGCGGAAUUUAUAGGAUGCAGCUGCUACUCAACCACGUAUCUACUAGAAGUAACAGCGUCGCAUUUAUCAUAAAUGUUCAUACUUAUGUGACGAUGAUUCGGUCGAUAAUGGCUGCAAUUUCAUCAACAGAACUGGUAGAAGGUGUGAUACUGACUAGGUAUUUCGGUUUACCAGUACUGCCACCGGAAUUAACGUUAACCCGCGUGCACCCACGCGAAUAAUUACUCCGCCCAGACAUAAUCUUCAUACUGAAUGAAUAGAAGUGAGCUCAUAGUGCUUAUAGAACCAGGACUCAAAAAAUUCGCACCCCCUCAGUGCUUUCAGCCUCGUAGGAUUUGAAAGUGGCCGGAUCCUGUUGAGUGAGCCCUGACCUGAGAGCUGUCGCCAUCCCCGCUCACUGUUCAUGUGCGUUAGGCCAGCCGUGUCCAGGCCAAACUUCCUAAUUUUGCGGUACACCUAAUUUUCCCACAACAAGACGUAUAAACGACUCCAGAUUUUCCUUGUUGUGACAGUUGGGCAGAUGAGUUUGCGCCUGGUUGUUGCCUCCUGUCCGCUUGUAGCCAGAACUCCGAAUAAUGUAUGAAGGCCACUGACGGCUUCGGAGACGUUCGAGACGUAGGGCAGUGUUUGUUCAAAUUGACGGCUGGUUUGUUUUGGUAUCUGGUUUCGAGUUUGCACGCAGUGGUUGGCGAAGCUGUUUUGGGUAACUAUUCGCUCUGAGCAUCCUUUGAAGGAAUUGCGAUUUGGCAGUCUUGCCUCAGGAUUCAUUGCAAUGCGUCUAAACACGCCAAUAUAACAUCCUUACACAACCUCGUUUGUUGUUAAUUUUGGUGGCUGGUGUUGAAACUCGUUAUGUGCGUUUUAUCUGUCACUUUUCUGAACACUUUAGCUUUUUUGCCUACCAAAAGGUCUACAGCAGACGAGGGCAUCAAGGAAGGCCACCAGGUUGUUUGCUUCCUUCUCCAUCGCAUAUACGAGCAGAAGUCGUUGAGAUGUUUGCUGAAUGUUAAUAUCUGAUUCCGUUCUAUGGUGGCAGAUGUGCCAUCCAUAUACCGAGUGCAGAAUUUCGGCCGAACGUAAAGUACGCCUUGAGACAGAUCCUCAGGGUUUGGAGGAUUUGGGUUCUACCGGGGCUAUUCUUCGUUUCUUGUAUUUGCUUUACAUAAGUAUAUCUAUGGUUCCUUCUGUGAUAUUAAGGAAUGCCAGGACCUCAUCUAGGCCCAUUUCUCUAAUUUUCCCGAAGAGUUGUGUUGGCGAACUGACUGUCCUAUCUGGAGUAGUGGUUAGAGAUUUGAGACGACGGAAAACCACUUUCACAGAUUUUUGUUAAUUCGAUGGGUUGCAGGGAAGCGUCCUCUUUGCGUUUCUUGAGAAAGUCAGAGAAUCGACCCAAGAUCGUUUCUAGGACUCCUGUCAUGCGCCGGUCGAUCGGCAAUGGUGGACUUUGGCUUUGAAUUGUCAACGAUAUCCCAUCCGUUUCUUGUGUCAGUGGUUUUUUGAGGUUGGUUUCGUAUUACACAUAGAAAUAACGAUCUUUCAAUUGGCACCUGAGCUUCUGAGUAUAGCUUUUCCUAUGCACUGCGAUGGUUACACGCUCCUUGUCCGCUGGCAAAAUAACGAGAUUUUUCGGUUCUGAGCUCCCCCGUUGCAAGCCUGGUGUGCAUCUACUACUUAAACCCCGCAUUCGAAUCCUGGCGACCAAUCAGCCAUCGUAUCAAAUGCCAGCAUCAAUGAUGAAUGGGGGGGAGCUGCUUAAGUUAUUACGUACUUGCCCACAUAGUAACUUCAUCCUAUAAAAAUUGUGCUCUCGUACGUCGGGUACAAUUAUUUGUUACUGUCUCUCAUAAUGCGUUUGAUAGUGAAUUCGAAAACUAUGGGAAUCAAAUUUUUCCUCCGAUAGUCGAGUCUUCUUCGUUUCAACCGCCUUCUCGAACUCAUCUUUUCACUCGCAUACGAGAGAGCUGCCACAAAAGCCGCGGUAUCAAUAAAUCAGUUUACCCCUCAGUUCGGAAGUGAACCACGUUAUCUCUUCAGUUGUGGAUCUGCCAAGUUACGACUUUUAGCAUGCCAUAGGGUAGAAGCUCGUCGUUGUGUUAUAACAUGAAGUGUAAGUCCUGGGUCCACGUCGGGGUAACCUCAGCUUCUUCCAGUCAUAUAACGAUGGCAGGCUAGAAUAAAUUUGCCUGAAUAUGAGAUCCGCCGUAGUGACCGACGUGUCGCAAAUCCUUCGCCCUACUAAAUGCCACCCUGUAGACGCGGUCCACCAAACGCGUGCUGGCUCAUCUCUUAGCUUACAGGCACAGGCCAGCUCACCUUAUUGUGAACGAGUGCGUCGAUGGUUGUAAAUGUGAGGACGUUGAUUUCGCAGAUACAGUAGGUGGGCUAACUCAUGAAAUGUCAGUUGAAAUUUCAAAAUGCGUUCCCGUUUCGAAAAGAUUUAUUAAAAAGAGUUGUAAAACUACUUGCCAUGCAGCAUAAUUCGAUAAUAAUUCAGUUACCUCAGGGUGUCGGCUUUUGAAUGAACUUCUUUCCGAUUGCAUGCUCUGCAAAAAUAACAUCUUAAUUAGCAGACAAUUUUCCCAUUAAUUUUCGAUGAACUUAAAAAUCCAAUUAUAUUGCAUGAAAAACAUAAAUAAACCAUUCAUCCUUUCAUUCUUUCGGUAGAAAAUUACGUCUUCUUCCAUUUUUUACUCGAAGGAAGGGUAUGAUUCGGUUUUCCAAAACUUUGCCGAUUCCCGAAUUAUUUUGAGCCUGACCUGCCGCUACAUUUGCAUUCAGGGCUUGCAAACUACAAGCUAUAUAUUUUCUGCAUAUAGAAAACCAUUCGUUUCUCUACGUUAUUAAGAGAAGACCAUGUGGGUUUCAUAAAAAGUACCAGUGAAUUUGAGCCAUAUUGUCAACUUAACAAGCUACAUUGGUAAAUGCAGAGACAUGACGUUUUAUGAACGGUCAUUUCAGAUCAUUAAAAAAUCUCAUAGUUAUAAGCCUUUUUAAAACCGAAUUAUACCCUUCCUUUGAGUAUACAAUUGGAAGAAGACGUACUUUUCUACCGGAAGAACAAAAAUAAAUAUUUUAAUGCAUGUUUUCCAUGAAGUAUAAUUGGAUUUUUAAGGGCAUCUAAAAUCAAUGGGAAAAUUGCAUGCUACUUAAGUAGGCAUUUUUGCAGAACAUAGUUCUUGCAUGCAGUCGGCAAAAAGUUCUUUCAAUAGUCUACACCCUGAGAUAACUGGAGUAUUAUAGAAUUAAGCUGCUUGGCGAUUAUUUUUUAAACCCUACUUCAUUAAUCUUUUCGAAACGCCAACGCAUUUCGAAAUUUCGGCAGACAUUUCAUGAGUUAACCCACCUCCUGCAGUAACUUUACUCCACAAGUGUUUCAUACGUGACCACGGGUGUCAUCGCGAGCCCAAGAGGUGACUGACGCCAUCGACUGAUAUAAAACAACUUCGUUCCGAUGUAGCCGGAUAUACUUUGAUUUAAUAGGAAGGAGGAGAAGAAAGAAGAACGUCUACAUUCCUUGUUAACCAAAAUUGUUAGCGGAAGAUCUCUUUCAUCCCAUGUUAGGAAACACGUGAAAAAUUAAUAAUGCUGAGACUUUGAGAUAAGUCGGGCUCGUGAGGUAUGAUGUCCGUUUAUUUCGCAGACAAUGGCCAGAGUAGCCAACCGCCAAAUAUAAAGAAGAAAAAGGGCAAUUUUGUUUGUUUUUGGAGAGGGCAGGCAAAUUUGUUGGCAAAAGCACAACUUUUUUAUGAGUCAGAGGAAAAGGAAAAUGGCAGCCCAAUGCCAAAAUUUCGUCUUCAUGGGUGAUGACAAAAUACCAUAGUAGUAUGUAUGUUCUAAAGACUGCACGCUAUCUCCACGUGCUUCCAAUAGAGUACGAAUCAAAAGCUCAAGCAACUGCCCCGCGAUUGUAAAGUGAGACUCGGGUGAUUUAACUCCCUUGUGGGUCUCCCAGCGUCUUCUAUAUGAUUUCUGUUGGGGAUCGGCGCAGGACUCUUUAGGUUCCAUCCCGGCCUCACUGUCCGUUGUAAAUGAUUACUUUGCACUAUCUGAAACCGCUUGAUCGCAGUUCCAUCGCAGGCACAACCAAAAAGACCAGUCAUAUAUUCUCAGAUCUUUGGCUGCACAAUGCUACUGGAAGAGUUUUUACUGAUCACGCGCAUCGUGUGAGAUUGUUAGCUUAAAUAGAAUAAUGCUGCCUUGAAGAAGUGUUAUUACUACGUCCUCAUUCAGCUGGAUUAUGAUGUGCUCAAUUGGAAUUCGUGCAUAGAUUCUCAGUACGGUCCUAAAAUUUAGUCGCAGGAGCGCUUCCCAAACUUUUCGCUCUCAUUUAAAGCAAUCUUUUAGUCGUGUCUAUGCAGACGGCAAUAGUUUUCAUUGCAUUCGCGAAGUCGUGCCACAUGAAAUAACUAUGUUCCAGCCUUGUGCUCCAUUGUCUUUUUUUAACAGGCAGGAUAGUGUAACUAAACGCGGAGGCUGGAUUCAUAUACCUGGGUUCCGGCGUCCGUUUAACCGGGAUGUUGUCUCCUACGCUCUUUAAAUGUGCAGCUUGUACGGAUUAUUUUGAGCAUGUCGCCCCUGGGGUGAAACAGGCAGUCUCGCGUCCUGUUUAGGCGUACCCAUCCACUCGCCUUUACCACCCUCGCCGGCUUGACUGAUGUAGUUCACUUUACAUCUAGUAAACUGAAGCUGAUAAUUAUCCCCAGAUGUCACAAUCCACUAUUUCAUGACCUUUGGCCACAACCUGAAUUACAGGCUCUCAGAAAACUGCUUUUCAGAAAGUUUGGCUAAUCCGCAAAUAAGUUGAUAAAUAGUAGGUCACUUUACUGCUGAAGUUUGCAAACUAUUGGGCGAGAACUCCACGUUUGCCUUCAAAGUGAAUAACCUACAAAAGUUGAUUAGCAAAAGCAAUUAGCAGGAGGAAUCGAUUUGGAGGAAUUGAUGUAUUGGGGCAUGGCGACUGUCAAUAGAAGAGACUACAAAUCAUAUGUGGUGAACUCACUCGUGAAAACUUGUGCUUAUACUGCAUAAAAUUUUCCCAUGGUUUUGAGGGUUCAAGUUAAUUUGCUUAUUCUUCCUGGGUGAUGCUGUUAAAAUUUCAGGUUUACAGUAACUGUCUGUGAAAGAAGGCCCUCUUAAAACCUUUCCCUCUAGCAUUUGGAGUGUAAUUCAGGAGAAAAAGAUGCGAUCACUGGAACACGAAGUAUAUUGGCCUGACGUUUCGGACUCUCACUCGAACUUGUUUUAAGCAACUGCGCCUGAUGAUGAGGACGAGUGGGCAUCUGAAACGUCAGGCCAAUAAAAUUUUUAUUCCAAUGAUCGUAUCGUCUUCUUCUGAACUGAUUCCUGGAACUUGCCUGUUCUUUCCUAUCGGGAAUUUUUUUGAACGUAGUAUUUUUUGAACUACACAUUGCCAUUUCACAUACUCUUUCAGCCCCAAAUCAGGGUGUAUUAAUAUCCUUUUAAAAAUUCUUUUUUUUAUACCGCCAAUAAGAUAUAUGCAACCGCUCAUCAAAUAUCCCAAUACAUCUUGGACAACCCAAAAUACUUAAUAAAUUGGCAGAUACGAGAUCGGAGACUUUCAAACAAACGUUUCUUGGUCUCUAAAUUGUGCCUUCCUUCACCCAAACCCUUGCUCUUACGUCUUAUGAUGGUUUGUUGAAUUAUUAAAAUGGUCGAGAUUGCCGUCGGUUAUCCUUUAUAAGGAAAUAGGUGGCGUCAGUUGAAUAGCUAACAUCAUCAGGCAAAACGGUUGUUGCCAAUGCUGCCUUUUUUCCAUUAUUAAGGAAGGCUGCCACCCAAAGGUUAUCACGCCACGGUGUAUGGCUGUAUUUCACGUAAUUUUACCCGAAAACUAGGAGUUAGACGAAUUCAUGGGAGUUUUUACCAAUCCUCUGUUUCGUCCGCCCCACCAAUACCAUCGGAUGGAGUGGCACCUGAUUUGCGUCCUUUGAACUAUUCCCAAAUUCUCAUCCCGUCACGGUUUAUCUGGCGUCAAAUAGCCUUUUUUCGGAUUUGGUUCUGGCACACAUCUAACGGCUUAAGUCUCCGAACUGACAUUCGCCCCCUCUCUUUGCCCGCUGUCGUGAACAUGCGUACGAGAUGAUAAAGUUCCCACUGAUGGAGAAUGUCAGUCUGAAAAUGACUUCUGCCUAUUUACCAUUUAAUUGAAGCUUCUGUUCCGAGGCAGGCUUAGGGUUAGACCGAGUCAAUUUUUGUUCUUCAACCUAAUAGGUUGCUUACCGCAUAUAAUUUCUUCAUUCUGUAGCACACCGUUACCAGGUCGUAUGACUCGAAGGCUCCCGAAACGAAUGGUAUCAAUCCGACGCCGCCGGAGAACGAGGAUGAAGUAAGUCACUUUUUGCCGUUGGUGGACCUUCAUUUUGUCAAUGAUCACUAAGUUAUUGUCACAGGGGUACAUACUUGUGGUUUUUGAAUAGAGAUUGUACGGCAUCUAUUGCGGUUUCGAAAAUCAUGUAAUCUCUAAUAAGUUUGUUGCCAAACGGCAACUGUUGGAGUGAUUAUUCCAGUUUGUCACCUGCGCAAGUACGACGUCUUUCACUGAAGUGAGGGUCCACGCCUGAAUGUUUGCCGCCGGUCAAAUAAUUGUCCAUGUUGGCACGCAUUGGCUUGACCACACUUCUGGACUGUGAACGGUCUCUUCGUUUGUGCCAAGUAUGCCAGCUUCUACGAUGGUCCAAGCAGCCGGGGUCUUUAUUACGGUCUAUUCAGGUUCUCAAGAUUUUUUCUAAUUGUACUAGGAGUUAAGAUAAGGUAUACUUCGCCCAAAUCCAUAGCCGAAGACUUAAAAUCGCAAACUAAUUUUCCUUUGAUAUAAACGAAGUCAAAAAUUUAAACGAUCAAAAACCAGAUGUGUCGAAGAGAGGUCGAUAAUGGGAGAAUAGAAUGAGUAGAAGUCAUUACAAGUAGGAGUAUUCUAAGAAAUCCAAGCACAUUUAACCAACAUGAUAGCUUCAAUGCCGCGGGCAAUGACGUUUGUCAAUGCCCUACAAGGUGGACGUGGAGUCGACUCGCGCAUUAAUUAAUCAUUCAUCUUUCCUGCACCUACAGUAGGUGGGCUAACUCAUGAAAUGCCAACCAGUAUUCCGAAAGGCGUUUUCCGUUCAAAAAGAUUAAUUAAGUAGGGUUGUAAAACUAAUCAAUCUGCAACAUAAUUCUAUAAUAUUUCAGUUACCGCACGAUGCCGGCUUUCGAGUGGACUUCCUUCCGGCUGCAUGCAAAAACUACAUUCUGUAAAAAAGGCUACUUAAGUAGCAUGCAUUUUUCGUAUGGAUUUUCGAUGUCCCUAAAUGCCCAAUUAUAUUUCAGGGAAAACAUGCAUAAAAAAUAUCCAUUCUUUCGCUCAUUAAGUAGACAUUUAAGCCUUAUUCCAAUUUUAUACUCAAAGGAAGGGUAUAAUUCGGUUUUCGAACAAUUUUAUAAUUUCUGAAUAAUUUUGUACCCGCUCUACUGUUACACUUGGAUUCAGGGUCUCCAAAUUACAAAUUGUAUAUUUUUCGCGUACGGGAAACCACACAUUUCUCUGCAGUAGUAAAGGGGACCAUAUAGCGUUCAUAAAAUCAACCAGUGGAUAUGAUCCAUACUGUUAACUUUACAAGCUACAUUGGUAAAUGCAGAGAUAUGACGAUUUAUGAACGACCAUUUCACGGUAUUUAAAAGUCCCACUAUUAGAAACUUGUUUAAAACCUAAUUACGCCCUUUUUUCGAGUAUGAAAUCGGAAGAAGAUGACAUUUUCUACCGAAUGAGCGAAAGAAUGAAUAUUUUGAAAUAUAAUUGGACUUUAAGGGGCAUCGAAAAUCAACGAGUAAAAUGCAUGCUACUAAAGUAGUCAUUUUUACAGAGUGUAGUUUUUUCAUGCAGCCGUAAGGAAAUUCAUUCGAAAGCCGGCAUCCUGCGGUAACUGGAUUAUUAUAGAAUUAUGUUGCAGGUUGACUAGUUUUACAACCCUCCUUAAUUAAUCUUUUCGAAACGAAAACGCAUUUCGGAAUACUGGUUGGCAUUUCAUGAGUUAACCCACCUUCUGCAGGACAAAUCAGUAUCAAGACGCAACCGGUGGGCAUGGACGCAGUGGUCUGUCUACGCGUGCCCCACACGGGCUUGCAGAUGCUAAAAACGCACUAGGUCACAUUUUUAGAGCAUCUUCGGGUUUUCUUUGGUGGGAAUCCCAUAAGGACCUCAUCAAGAAGUAGCCACUGACGCCGGGCCCCGGCCUAGGAAGGGCUGAGUUGUUCCGUCCAUUGGUAACCUCCCAAGCAACGAUUCUUAGCGCAUCGUGGUCUCUUUAAUCGUUUUGAAGUUAUUGUAAUGAGUAAUGUCCCGAUAUGUCGUGAUGAUGAAGUCCCAAUAUCGGUUUCAGUCCUCCAUAUACCAAGUACCAACGGACUGUCCGGUCCUGUCAACCAUGGAGUUGGACGCGGCAACUGAUUUAACGUGAGGCUCCGUCAAAGGCGUGCCACUCACAUGUGCGUCAGUCGUUAAGGCCGCGUAGACACGACCCAGUCCGAUAAAAUCGUGCCAGUUUGACCUGCCUUUGAUCCGCCAGACUUGCUAAGUAGCCUGUGUUGGGGGCUGUGUUAGUGUGCCAUUAGAGUGUAAUGAUGUAGGGAUGUCUGAACCAUUGUGGCUGUUAUAAAUUAUCGUGUCGACCAAAAUCUGUAUUCCAUGCGGCAAUUCGGAUAGGUAAGGAAACGACAAUCUUUUGACGCCCCGGAGCACAGUUGACAGAGUUGGGGCCCGUGACCUGGAGACAUACCUUAAGGCUCUGGAACUAACUGAAUACUGGUUCAAUUUUGUCCUUCGCGGCCAUGGAAUUGAAGUAGUUUGACUGCCUGACAGCUCACAUAUGACAGGACUUAUCAUUAGAGACCGUUUGGCUCUUGGCGGCAAACUUUCACUAACUGUGCCUACUUUGUCGGAUAAUAACCAUGCUAUUUUCUGUUUAAUUGGAGUCGUCGACUUCGCGGGAAUCAAAAUUAUUUCUGCCAGAUAUAAAACUCUACUCAGCAUCCAACAAUUAAACCACGCAAGGUCGUAAAAUCAUUUACAUUGUAUUUGUUCUGCCAACAAGAUCGUGUUCCCGUAGCAGUUUUGGCGUAAUGGUAAGUCACAUGGCGCGUAGACGUAUUAUUAUUCAUAAUCUUACCUUUCAAGAAAUCAGGUACGGUGCUCUCCGAGCUUCCUGGACACAAACGUAGACGACACUCUUUGAAGACUGAAAAGUUUCUGUGUAUUUUUGGGAAUGUUUUUGUCUCAGAUGACGUCAUGGGUCGUUUUUGUUAAUGUAUUUAGGAAUAAAAUACCUGUUCGCAAGAGUACCUGACCACACUUUUCGGCUGCAGUCGACUUUCACACACUGAGGAUAUGAGCGAAGAAACAGGGAAAAAACGAGACCGAGUCAGACUUAAUUCGAUUUCCAUGUGUUGGUAGCAGUAUCGUGAGAAAAUGGGUAAUAAAAUAAUAUUGCAAACUUGUAAAUGGGAAAUACGAUUGAGAUACUUCCGUGGUAUGCAUCGAGGUAGACAUGACAAGCAGUGCUCCUUAUGACAGAGAUUCAGGCCUCAAGGAACUGUCGCAGGUGCGAACCAGGCCAAUAGGUCAAGCAGCAUCGCUUUCGAAAUACACCUAAGGGCGAGGAGUUUGAAUCAUGCUUUUGGUCGGUUGGUUUAUGUUCACUGAGAUGAAUGCCAGGUCGUUAUGCAAUAUCAACCCGCUCAAUGGCUUCAGCUAACAGCGCAGCCCUAUUGGUUUGUCGAUGUAGGGUCUUCGACUGUCUACUAACGUUUUGAGCGACUCAAGAAUAAGCACUUUCUACUUAACUGUGUCCUGUUCGUAUGCUCUGCUUCUUCCUGUACGUAGGGUGACCCCAAUACUAUUCAAAAACGCUUAGUAAAAGCCAACACCUAAUGUCUGCCACAUCUUAGAGCGCGUACGCGUUCUAACUCCAGUAGACAGGCAUGUGUUGGUGGCUUUUGCUGACGACGCAGCAGCAGACGUUGGCUGCGUAUCGUGCGUUUCGUGCUUUCUGUGUGUACUCCACGGUCAAACCUGCGCAUACCCCGGGAAUUUCGUGUUUGAUUCAGGAGGCACUCCUCCCCCCGCAACUUUUCCCUAAAUACCCUCCUAACACACAGAGGGUGGAAAAAUCGAUACCCGCAUGCUUCGGACUGACUCACGGACACUUUUUUCCAGAACACGAAUACUUGCUUUGUGAGAAGUAUGCUCGAACUGAUAUUGUGACCUCCAUUCACCUAGCGCGUCAACCUGAACCUUUUGCCUGCCGCACGGAAAGGAACAUUUUUAUGCUGAAAAAGCCCCUGAAAACGGUCCCUUGGCAUGAACUACAUUUUAGACGUAAAUACAAAUCAUGCUUGCAGAAAGGUCAGUAGCGAAUUCGCUCGCAAGUUGAUUGUAUUUUCACCAUGUUUCGUCACCUAUUGCAUAUUCCCCACCGCAUUAGCCAGACAUGUGACCCGCAAUGACAGUACCACUGUCUGCUUCAGACCGGUAACCGGGCUUACAGCGGUUGCGUAACCCAAUAAGGACGGCACCAGAAAACCGAUUCUCGUGAGUUCAGGGGGCUGACCUAAAACCUGUAACCCCUGGCUUCUCGUGGUGUCAUCGUUAGUUUCGAGUAAACGGGGCCCUACGUCCCCAUAAAAUGCUAUUGGACGAGAGCUGUACUCUAGCAAGCGCCGCCAGUUAGUAACUGACGACGCGAUAGUGGCCACAUUCAUAGAGGUUCCACCAGGUUCGUGGUUUAAUGGUGUGUUCGGCUUUACGCUGAAUUACCAGGAGGUCUGGGUUCGAGUUGCGGGUUGUUCAAAGCCCAGUCGGGUAUGGCUGACUGACAACGACUGGCGAGCAAGGGACGACCAUUUCAGUCUUUUUGUCUAUUCGACACUUCGUCUGCAUAGUUACUUGUCGCCUUGCGGCUGCCUGCGGGCCUCUAGAGUGGAAAUCAAAGGUAAGACGGGAUGAACACUGUAACCUCAUAGGUGAGCAACUCUCCGACGCCAAUCCCUGGACAGACUAAGAGGAGUCCUCCAAAUUUUACGAAUUUUCGGUCGGCGCCGAAGAUGUGCCUAACAACCAAUUUUCACUGAUGGCUCGGAGAUCCGCUUUGUGAUUUUCGUCCUGCAAUCAGUAGAGACCGAUUCACGACAUUACCAUGUGAAGCGGCAAUCCCCAUCUUAACUGGCAUGACAUGGGCCUUACUCCAUGAGUAACUGAUCUGGAUAUGCCAUUACUGGCGGUUGUAGAAUCAUCAUUUACCAAUGACCAAUAAUUCAGAAACGAUCGUUUCAACAUCUCUGUCCUUGUCAGUAAAACUUUUCGCUUACUCCGCUUAUGUGCAUCGACCUCACCGAAUGAGUCUGAUUUAUUCCGGUUGUCUUCUGUGUCUUGUUCUUUUCCGAGGGCCAUCUUGGUGCGUCUCUAAGUCGCGUGGGCAUUCUUCAAAGCAGACACCGCUACAUAGUGGUCGCUAUGUUUGUCAUCUCUGGAGGACACAAGAAAGCAUAUGCCGCAGUUAAUUACAAGCAGACAAUUCGCACUCCAGUUGAUCCAGUUCCUGACGACUCAUAGUUCUUAAUAGCCAACAAUAGUCACUCGUUGCCGGAGUAUUGUGAUGCCUCCUCAAUUUUGGAAACUGAACACAGCUCAUAUAAAAAAGUUUUCGAAGAUCCAACUUUUUCACUGAGAGGGAUAAAUGCCGACUGCUCGCUAGUGAGCUGGUAUUUGUUCUCUGCGACAGACAAGUACGGGACACUGGAUCCCCAGUAGCUGACUGGGAUUCAAAUGCGGACUGUGUUUUCGACCUAGUAAAUUUAUAAUGUACUAAUUUAAGCAGUCCUUCUGGUUAAUAUAUGGAAAAGUGUAGAUAUGACCUCACCUAUAAUGUAAAGUUCGCGUUUUUUUAUUGUUAUGACCGUUGGAAGAACUAUCCACGAUAAAUGCGAAACUUCGAAAACAGAACGUUUAUCUGCGAAAUUAGUUUAAAUCGCGAACCUUCUUAUGUUUUACCCCUGCCCGGCAUUGCGGUGUUAGGAAGGUGGAGGUAUUGCGCCAAUUCACGCGGUUUGUUGUUUGAAUCUGUCUGGUGAUAAAUCGUUUGCUGGACGACCUCAACAAGCAUAUUAACCAUGAACAUACCAUCAGCCUAGAUUUUUGCAGUACGCACUACAUUGUUUCAAAAUAUUUAAAUGCGCAGAUGUGGCCAAAACAAAGGUUCAAUGUGACUUCUUUACUGUGAUUAUUUCCAGGCCCUGAAUCGCGCUAUUCAACAGACGACGCAGUUGGAUUCCGACGCGGUGGUAAUCAACGGCUCCAGUCACAUCCGGAGAGACGGCGACACUAGGGUACCGACGGAAGAACACUGA